AUUUUUUUUUUCUAAAACCGUAUUGUUGAGUGCAUCAGAUAAAAGUGAUUUGUUAUAUUAAUAUAAUAUAAUCGUUAUUUAUAUUUUGUGUUCGCGUAUAUUCGCAUUGUGUGAUACACUAUCAUGUACAUCGAACACACGUGACAAAACAUGCCAAAAUACGUGAAAAUGAAAUGCAUCCUGCCUGCAGUGUUAUGGCUGUGGCAACUCAUCAGUUUGGUAAAUGCUCAAGGCGGAAUUGGAUUUGGAAUAAAAAGAGAAAUAUUCUUUUUGAACUUGGAAGACGGAUACUUUGGAUGUCAAGUUAAUGAGUCUACAACGGUAUUACAAUUAUAUGAGCUUUCAAGGCUAUGCGAUGGCAAACAGGACUGUUACAAAGGAUCCGACGAACUGAGACGAGAACUCAAGUGCACGAACGACUGCGAGGCUAAAGAAGGAACGCCCUGUCAGAACGGCGCGUGUCUCGACUCCCUUUGCCAUUGUAACGACGGAUACGGUGGAUGUUCGUGUCAAGUGCCAGAUGAGAACGAAUGCAAAUACCGGCCGUGUGACGUGUUCGCUCAUUGCACCAACACGCUGGGCAGCUUCACGUGUUCUUGUUUUCCAGGAUACGUCGGCGAUGGGUUUCACUGCCAAGAUAUCAACGAAUGCGAGGAUCCAGCCAUCGUCAGUAGGUGCGUACAAAACGCCGAAUGCUGUAAUUUGCCGUCUCAUUUCUUAUGCAAAUGUAAGCCGGGAUACGUCGGCGACGGCGAAGUCGAGUGCAAAGACAUCGACGAGUGUUUGAGACCAGACGCUUGCGGCAACAACGCAAUAUGCAGGAACACGCCGGGAAACUACACGUGCGACUGUCAGCAAGGAUUUGUGGGCAACCCGUACGACGGGUGUGUGGACGUAAACGAGUGUAGUCUGCCGAACGCUUGCGGUCCCGGUUCUCUAUGUACAAAUUUUCCGGGCGGUCACCACUGUGAGUGUCCGGAAGGGUACGCGGGCGAUGCGUACGGCGCCGGAUGUCACGACGUGGACGAAUGUUCGCGAUCUCCUUGUGGAAAAGACGCACAGUGCCACAACAACGAAGGCAGUUUUCGGUGUACUUGUCCUCCGGGAUUUGUCGGCGACCCGUUCCACUCUUGUAAAGAUGUGGAUGAGUGCGAGUCUUCGCCGUGCGGUCCCAACGCCGUGUGCUCAAACUCAGCCGGCAACUACACAUGCUCCUGCGCGACCGGAUAUACCGCGUCCGCGGAGGAAAUGAGAGCAGGAAGUGGAUGCGCGGACGUCAAUGAGUGCGGAGCACCAUCCAGCCCGUGCGGGGUCAACGCCAAAUGCACAAACGUCCCUGGCUCGUACACCUGCCAAUGUCCGCCCGGGUUCACCGGGUCCGCGAUAGAACACUGCCAAAAUAUCAAUGAAUGCGAACACUCGCCAUGUGGAAAUAAUACCAUUUGCACGGACACAGUCGGUAGUUUUGUCUGUUCGUGCAAAGAAGACUAUACAGGUGACCCGAUGAAAGGAUGUCAAGAUAUAAACGAAUGCGAAGUCUUAAGUAAGCCUUGUGGUCCCAACGCGGUCUGUGAGAAUGCCAGCCCUGGAUUUAAUUGUCUUUGUCCACAAGGAUAUUCUGGCAAACCGGAUCCAAAAGUUGCUUGCGAACAAGUUGACGUUACGGUUUUAUGUAAAUCCAACUUUGAUUGUACCACUAAUGCUGAGUGCACUGAAGGUCAAUGUUUUUGUAAGAACGGAUUUAAUGCCAAAGGAUCAGUGUGUGUGGACAUUGACGAGUGCCUCGCUCAACCAUGUGGACCAUAUUCUAUGUGUUCAAACACCCCCGGUGGAUUCCAUUGUCAAUGUCAAACGGGAUAUGUAGGUGCCCCACCAAGAAUUCAGUGCAAAGCUCCUUGCGAAGACGUCAAAUGUGGAACACACGCUUAUUGCAAACCUAACGGUCAAGAAGCGUACUGUAUAUGUGAAGAAGGCUGGACAUACAAUCCCAAUGAUUUAUCUUUAGGAUGUGUUGAUAUCGACGAAUGUGACAAAGUAAAUGGACCGUUUGGACGGUGUGGAGGAAAUACGUUAUGUACAAAUACACCAGGAAGUUUUGGAUGUCAAUGUAAACCUGGAUUUACCGGAAACGCGUUUAAACAGUGCACUGAUAUAAACGAAUGUUCUGACACCAACAGUUGCGGAAAAGAUGCUUUAUGUAUUAAUUUACCUGGUUCAUUUGAUUGUGUGUGCCCUGGAGGUUCCAUACCUGAACCAGAUCCGUUUAUCAAAUGUACCAAAGUAAUUAAUUGCACAGCUGAUAGCGAAUGUCCAGGAAACUCUGUUUGUGGUAAUCAAAAGCGUUGUUUCUGCCCCGAGCCAAACGUCGGAGAUGAUUGCAGACAUCCAUGCGAAGACGUACAAUGUGGUCCCAAUUCUGAGUGUAUGUUGCUCAACAAAGAUGCUCAGUGUCUAUGUUCGGCAGGAUAUACAGGAAAUUCAAACAUAGGAUGUACAGAUAUUGACGAAUGCAAGGGUAAUCCUUGUGGUCCGGGAGCAGUAUGUAACAAUGAGCCAGGAUCGUUUUCUUGUCAAUGUCCGGGUGGAAUAAGUGGAGACCCGUUCAGAGAAGGAUGUUCGCAAGCUAAAAGUCCUACACAAUGUAGUGCGAAGUCUCCAUGUCCGGGAUCUGAGAUAUGUGUUCAAGAUGAGUUUGUUGGCGAAAGUGUUUGUAUAUGUCAAAGAGGUUACAUAAGGGACCCGAAAACUGGUAAAUGUAGAGAUGCCAAUGAAUGUACGGAACUCAGAGACAAACCUGCUUGCGGAGUUAAUGCCGUUUGUAAAAAUCUUCCUGGAAGUUAUGAGUGUCAGUGUCCUCCAGGCUUCAACGGAAACCCUUUCUCUAGCUGUGAAGAAUGCAAUUCAUUAGAAUGUCAAUGUAGACCACCAUAUCAAAUCGUUAAUGGAGAGUGCACAUUAGCUGGCUGUAAUAAAGGAAAAUGUCCAGCUGGUGCUGAAUGCGUGUCCAUUGCUGGCGGAGUAAGCUAUUGUGCUUGUCCAAAAGGAUAUAGACCUAGAGAAGAUGGAUCAUGUUACGAUGUAGACGAAUGUGAAGAAAAAAUACAUUCAUGUGGAUACGGUGCUGAAUGUAUCAAUAAACCUGGCACACAUGAAUGUUUAUGUCCAGUUGGCUACAGUGGAGAUCCACAUCAUGGAUGUUCUCGUAGUCAAAAGAAAUGUAUAAAAGAUUCAGAUUGCUUAUUAAACGAGAAUUGUAUUCAACCAGGAGUUUGUGUUUGUCCCGUACCAUACUAUACCGAUGUUCUUGACAACAAUCUCUGCAAAAGUCCUUGUGAUCGAUUUCCAUGUGGCGUGAAUGCACAAUGUACACCGAGUGAUCCUCCAAAAUGUUUGUGUCUACCUGGAUAUAAAGGAGAUCCUUUGCACGGUUGUGAAGAUGUCGAUGAAUGUAAAGAUAAUCCGUGUGCUUUGGGGUCACAAUGCAUAAAUGAAAAAGGUCAUUACAAAUGUAUUUGUCCGAUUGGCACAAAUGGUGAUCCUUACUCUGUUGGUUGUUUAGGAAAAGAAGCACCAGAGUUUGAGUGUUCUACGGACGAUGAAUGCGUUGCACAGUUAGCAUGUGUUAAAGGAACUUGUACUAACCCUUGUAAUCUUUUACCUUGUGGUCAAAAUGCUUACUGUGAAUCUGAAAAACAUGCUGCAUGGUGUAGAUGUAGUGCUGGUUAUGUAGAAUCUAUAUUUGGUGAAUGCGUUUCACCGUGUGAUGGAUAUAUUUGUGGCCACGGUGCACAGUGUAUAGUGUCGCCACAAGGACCUACGUGCAAAUGUUUAGAAGGUUCUAUUGGAAAUCCAUUUGCUGGGGGCUCUUGUGAGCCAGAUACUUGCUCAAGCACCAGCCCAUGUGUCGCGCCUAAUAUUUGCGUUGCUGGACGAUGUAAAGAGAAAUGUCAAGAUCAUUUUUGUGGUAUUGGGGCUAGUUGUAAUCAUGAAACUAACGAUUGCGUUUGUAAUCCAUUAUUCAUUGGAGAUCCAAAUUACCUGUGCAUGCCACCUAUUGCAAUGCCUUCGUGUUAUCCUGGAUGUGGGAUUAACGCGCACUGUGAAUAUGAUGUGUUGAAUGAGAACAAAUGUGUUUGUAAUUCUGGAUUCAUAGGAAAUCCAUAUGAAGAAUGUGAUUCUCAAUCUAAAAAAUCUUGUUCAAAUAUGACGUGUGGAACUGGAGCAUUAUGUAAAGAAAAAUUAAAUUCUAUUGAAUGUAACUGUCCAUCAGGAUUUAAAGGAAAUCCUUACGUUCAAUGUGUUGAUAUUGACGAAUGUUUGAUUUCGGCUUGUGGUAACAAUGCGGUUUGUAUCAACACAAUUGGAAGUUAUGAUUGUAGAUGUAUUGAAGGUUACGUGGGAAAUCCAUUUUUAGAAUGUUCAGCUAAAAUGCCACAAAUUUGUCGUGAUCCAUUGACUUGUCAAUGUUCAAAAAAUGUUCCAUGUCCAAUAGGAUACGUUUGUAAUCGUGGAAAAUGUGAAAAUCAAUGUGAUAAUAUCAAGUGCGGUGUUAGAGCUGGAUGUGUAUUCGGUAAAUGCGUAUGUCCACCGGGUUUGAUUGGCGAUCCUUACAAUUUUAAAACCGGAUGUAAAUCACACGGCCAGUGUACAAACGAUGGCGAUUGCAAAGAUACAGAAAUAUGUUUCCAUAUUAAUAAAGAAGCUAGAAAAUGUGUUGAUGGCUGUAGUAAAUUACAGUGUGGACCCAAUGCAGUUUGUGUUACUGAAGGUCAUCGUUCGUCGUGUAUUUGUACCGAAGGAUAUUUUGGAAAUCCUGGAGACUUAUACCUAGGUUGUAAACUCGAAAGGGUGGCACCUAAAGGAGAAUGUAGAACAGACAAAGACUGCAACUCGACAAGUAAAGUAUGUUCCAUAAUAUCAGAUGGAAUAUCUUCUUGUGUUAGUGCAUGUACUCGAGUAGCAUGUGGACCAGAUGAAAUUUGUUUACUGGAAAAAAAUGGCGCACCCGUUUGUUCAUGUCGUCCAGAGUUUGUAUGGAAUCCAGUUAUAUCUAAGUGUGAAAAGCCUUCAUUGCCUGACUGCUCAGUCGAUGCUGAUUGUAAAGAAAAUGAAUCAUGUAAACCAGAUGCGUUGGGAGUAUUAAAAUGCAUAUCAGUUUGUAUCGAAUUAACGUGUCCAUUUAAUUCAAUAUGUGUAGCUAAUAAUCACGAAGGUAGCUGUCAAUGUAUACCGGGUUAUGUAGGAAACACAAAUGAUCGAAAUGGUUGUCACCCUAUGAAAAAAAGUAGCUGCCAACAAGACGUUGAAUGUUUACCUUCUGAAGCUUGCUUAGAAGAUCCAGCAAGCAAAUUAAAAUCAUGCAAAUCAGUGUGUGAUCAUACCAUAUGUGGCCUAAAUUCUAUUUGUGUGGCAAAUAAUCAUGUGGCUCAAUGCCAAUGUCCUCCUGGUACAUUUACUGGUGAUCCAUAUGACUCAAAUGGUUGCCAAGAAGUAUCAUGUGUAUAUAAUGACGAUUGUCCACAAACACAAGUUUGCAACAGACAAUCACAUUCAUGCAUGAAUGUGUGUGACAAAGAUACUUGUGGAACUAAUUCGGUUUGUCUUGCUGAUGGACACACAUCUGUAUGUCAAUGCCCACCUGGUUUUAAACCUGAUCCUGUUCCUGAAAUAUCUUGUGAAGCCAUAGAAGUGUGCGACGAGUCAUCGUGUCAUUUCACUGCCAUAUGUGAAUCUAAUCCUAACUCAGGAUACAUUUGUAAGUGUCCACCUGGCCAUAUCGGAGAUGCUUAUACGGAAGGAUGUAGACAAGAAGGCUUAUGUCCAAACGGAAAUAUUGAUUGUCCAUUGUUAAGUGUCUGCCAAUCCGGUAGAUGUAUAAAUCCGUGUGAAAAAUCUUGUGGUAUAAACACAAUAUGUAACAUUAUUGAAAGAAAACCAAUUUGUUCGUGUCCCGAUAAUUUUGAACCUAUUCAUGGUGAACCAAAAAUUGGAUGUGUCAGAUCAGUUACUAAAUGUUUUAAUGACUUGGAAUGCAAAGGCGGUGUUUGUUCGAAUGGAGAGUGUAAAGUGGUUUGUCGGAACAUUGAUGACUGCUCUUCUGGUGAAAGAUGUGUACAAAACAAAUGUGAAAUUCCAUGCGCUGGACAUUCUCAAUGUAUGUCGGCACAAGCGUGUAUAAAUGGAGUUUGUACACUAGGGUGUCGAAGUAAUAAGGAUUGUCUAAGCAAUGAGUCCUGCAUAAACGCUAAAUGUCAAAAUCCAUGUAAACGUGAUGGUGUGUGUGGAAUAAAUUCAAAAUGUAGUACUAUUGAUCAUAACGCUAUUUGCACCUGUAACAAAGGGUUUCAACCAAAUCCUGUUCCAGAAGAGUCUUGUGUGCGAUCGAAUAACAUAUGUCAUAAUAAUAUCCAGUGUGGAUUAGGCCAAGAGUGCAAUGGAAACAUAUGCAAAGUUGUAUGCUUGAGCGGAAUGGAUUGUGCUGAAGGAGAACGAUGUACAAGUAACAAAUGUGAAAAAGUUUGCUUUACUGCAAGUAAUUGCUUGACGGGUGAAGUUUGUGUGGAAGGAAUUUGUAGACAAGGGUGUUCUUUGGAUUCAGAUUGUGAUACCAGCCAAAUCUGUAUAGGCAACAAGUGCCGAUGUGGAAGUGGUUAUGAAAGUUCUCCCACUGGUUGCAAAGAUAUCAAUGAAUGUAUGCAAAAUCCAUGCCAUCCAAGUGCUAAAUGCUUAAAUACACCAGGAUCUUUUCAAUGUUUAUGUUCAGAUGGUAAAGUAGGAGAUCCUUACACUGAACCGGGUUGUAAUAAACCGAACGAAUGUAAAAAACACGAGAACUGUGCUUCAAAUUUAGCUUGUGUAAAUGGAAAAUGCACAGAACUGUGUAAUGAUGCAUGUGGAAAUAAUGCAUUAUGUCAUAUGAUUGAGCAUGCACCAGCAUGUACUUGUCCAUCUGGAUAUUUAGGAGAUGCUUUUGAUAAAAAUGUUGGGUGUUUCAAAGUUGAGUGUCUGGUUAACGAAGAUUGUCCAAAUGACAAAAUUUGUCAUACUAAUAGCAACAAAUGUACAAGCCCGUGUGAUUUGAUAAAUUGUGGUCAUGGUAAUUGUAAGGCAUACAAGCAUAAAGGCAUAUGUACUUGUAACAAUGGAUAUGAACUGAAAAAUGAUAAAUGUCAAGAUGUUGACGAAUGUAAACAAAGUCCGUGUCAUAAAACAGCAAGAUGUGAAAAUACGCCUGGAUCAUUUACAUGUAUCUGUCCUGACGGACUGUUGGGCAAUCCAAAUGCUGAAGGGUGUCAUUAUCCGAACAGUUGUUCUACUAACAACGACUGUCCAGAAAGUGCAAUUUGUCAUCAGAAUCAAUGCAAAAAUCCUUGUGCAGAUAACAAAGUAUGUGGUCGUAAUGCAGUUUGCUCAGUUCAACGUCAUGAAAUUCAAUGCCAAUGUCCUUUAAAAACACAGGGUGAUCCCAAGGUGGAGUGUAUGAAAAUUGAAUGUUCAAACAACAAUGAUUGUACUUCGGGAAAUGCUUGCGUGAACUCGAAAUGUGUAAAUCCGUGUUCUGUACCUAAAGUAUGUGGAGAGAAUACUGAUUGCAGUAUACAAAAUGAUGCUGCUAUGUGUAACUGUAAAGCAGGGUACACAGGUGAUCCUCAUUUAGGCUGUACGUCAAUAUUGUACUGUGCGUCUAAUAGCCAAUGUCCCACUACAACUAAAUGUAAUAAUGGAAUAUGUACAGUGGAAUGUAACUUGGCAAGAGAUUGCGUUGGAAACGAACUUUGUAUUGGAAAUAUAUGUCAACCAACCUGUCACGGCAAUACUAGUUGUCCAGAAUUUCAAUAUUGUCAGAACAAUAUAUGCAUUCAAGAGUUACGAUGCUUUACAAAUGAUAACUGUGAAAAUACACAAAUUUGUAAGACAAAUACAAUAGGACAGACCCAAUGUACUGACGUUUGUGAAGAAGUUAUUUGUGGAAGGCAUGCUGAAUGCUCAGCAGUUGACCAUCAACCAGUAUGUAAUUGUGAGCCUGGAUACCAUGGAAACCCACACAUCGGUUGCCACAAAAUUGAAUGCUAUGAAAACGAAGACUGUACAAAUGAUAAAAUAUGUGAAGAUCACAUGUGUAAAAUAUCAUGUCUAGCAAACAACCCGUGUGGACCAAACGCUUUAUGCUCUGCAGAAAAUCACCAACAAGUUUGUUAUUGUCAACCAGGAUAUACAGGAGAUCCGUAUUUUGGUUGUGAUGUAUUGGAUUUAUGUGAAGCAGCGCCUUGUGGGCCAGGAGCUAGAUGUGAUAACUCAAGAGGUUCCUUCAAAUGUCUAUGUCCACUUGGAACUGUGGGAGAUCCGUACAAAGACGGUUGUCAUUCACCAGUUGAAUGUCAAAUCGACGAAGACUGCCCUCCAGCAGCGCAUUGUGUUCAAACUAAUGGUAUUCCUAAAUGUCAAGACAACUGUGAAAAAGUAAAAUGUGGUCCAAAUGCUGAGUGUGGAACGUCAGCACAUUAUGGCUCCUGUAUAUGUCACUCAGGAUAUCAAGGAGAUCCAAAUGAUUUAAAUAUUGGAUGUAGACCUAGGGCUGUAGCAUGCACUUCAAAUCAGCAAUGUCCAAGUAAUACAUACUGCUACAAUGGGGCUUGUAAAUCAUCUUGUCAAUCGGAUGCAGAAUGUGGUCUUUCUGAACAAUGUUUACAAGGCCAGUGUAAUAAUCCAUGUGAACGACAAGGCUCAUGUGGAUUAAAUGCUAAUUGUAAAGUGAUUAAUCAUGUUAAGCACUGUUCAUGUCCCGCUGGAUUUACAGGUGGCAGUGAAAUUGAAUGUGUUCGAAUUCCUGUUGCUUGUGAGAUCAAUGAAAACUGUUAUCCAAAUAGUACAUGUCAUCAAUCUGUUUGUCAACCUGAUUGUCAAGCCGACAAUCACUGUGCGUUAAAUGAAAAAUGUUUUAAAAACCAUUGCGCGUUAACUUGCAGAGUAGAUAAUGACUGCUUUUUAGGACAUAUAUGCCUGAAUAAUAUGUGUUUAUUUGGAUGUAAAUCGAAUGAAGAUUGCGCUUCCGUAGAGUCUUGUAGAGAUAAUGUAUGCACAAAUCCUUGUGUGGCAAUGCCCUGUGGACCAAAUGCCAUCUGUACGGUUGCUAAUCAAAGGGCCAUGUGUUCUUGUCGAGUUGGAUUUGUUCCCAAUCCUACAGCUAAAAUAGCAUGUAUUAGAACUCCGGCAGAACCAUGUAACGAAAAUCAAGAAUGUCCUGCGAAUUAUUCAUGUAAAGAUAAUUCCUGUCAACCAGUAUGUUCUUCUGACGCUAGUUGUCACGGAAAUGAGAAGUGCGAUAUGUCAGUAUCUAUAUGUAAACCUUUGUGUCGCAAGGACGACGAUUGUCGAAGUGGAGAAAUUUGUAAUGGGUUAGUGUGCAACGUUGGCUGUAGAAGCGACACAGACUGUCCACAUGAUAGAUCUUGCAUUAACAACAAGUGUAGAGAUAUAUGUGAAUCUCCAACUGCGUGUGGUGUAAAUGCAUUAUGUUCUGUUUCAAAUCACCAAAAACAAUGUAGCUGCCCUUUACUGCUCGAAGGUGAUCCUCUGUUUGCUUGUAGAUAUCCAAUGAUAAGCUGCAAAGGAAACAGUGAUUGUAGUUCAGGCCAAACUUGCUAUACAUCUACUUGUCAAGCAGUGUGCCAAACGGACUUGGAGUGCUUAUCUGAUGAACGGUGUCAUAACGGAAUUUGCAAAGCCGUGUGUAAUUCAGACUCUAAAUGUAAUCCUAAUCAGAUUUGCGAAAAUCGUUUGUGUGUUGGAGGUUGUCACAGUGAUACUUCAUGUCCCGAUAAUGAAGCGUGUAUCGACAAACAAUGUAGAGCUCCUUGUGACAGUGCUACUACUUGUGGGCCGUGUGCCGAAUGUAAAGUCAUUAAUCACGGAGUGCAAUGUAGUUGUAUGGCUGGCUUUAACGGAAACCCAUUAAUCGGAUGCGUUAAAUCGAUUUUAAAAUGCGAUGGGACGUGUCCCUGUGAUUUGGAAACUGGCUAUUGCAUAAAACGCUGUGCGGCUAAUAAAGACUGUUCGUGUGGAGAAAUAUGUCAUAAAGAUACGUGUACAACGAAAUGUAGUUCCAGCACGAAUUGUCCAACAGGUCAUAUAUGUUCGGAUGGACUAUGCGUUGUCGGAUGUCGUACUAAUGCAGAUUGUGCGAAUGACCGGUCUUGUCAAAAUGGAAAAUGCAAAAAUCCUUGUGACGUCGUUUCAGCAGGAAUACCGUGUGGAAACAAUUCUGAAUGUCAUGUCAACGAUCAUAGAGCCGUUUGUAUGUGUCCCGACGGGUUCCAGGGAGAACCCAAUAUUGAAUGUGUUAGAUAUACUUGUGACAAGGAUGAUGAUUGUGAGACAAACAAAAAAUGUGGUUCUGACAAAGUAUGUAGAAAUCCAUGUUUGGAGCAAGGUGCUUGUGGAUCAAAUGCACAAUGUAGAGUUACAAAUAGAAUGGCUUAUUGUACGUGUCCACUUGGAUAUUAUGGAAAUGCUCAACUUGAAUGCAAGCCAGGAACGGCGGAUAAGUGUGCGUCGAACCCGUGCGGACAGAACAGCCGGUGCAAAGACAUUGCCGGAGGUUACGAGUGCCUUUGCCCUCCUGGUUGUACAGGUGACCCAAGCAAACGAUGCGUAUGCGAACAAGCUCAACAGCGGUCGGACCCGUGUAAGAACGUCAUUUGCGGAAAACAUGCACUCUGCCAACCGGUGAACGACCAGGACGCCAAAUGCUACUGCCCGACGGAAUAUCCUGCGGGAAAUCCAUACGUGCAAUGCGAAAUGAAAAAAUUACCCUCAGACUGUAGGACAAACGGUUGCGGAAAGGGCGCUAUCUGUCAACCGACGGGCAGUGCGGGAUCGACGGUGUACAUCUGCCAGUGCCCGCCCGGCACGACUGGUUCUCCGCAAAAAGAGUGCUCCCAAGCGGUCGAAUGCGCCGACGACGGUCAGUGUACAAACGAAAAGACGUGCAUCGACGGACGUUGCGUUGACGCGUGUAGCGUGAGAGACACCUGCGGCUUGAACGCUCUAUGCCGGCCGGUGUUGCACAGGGCCCAGUGCGCGUGCCCAGACUGUUACGCGGGCGACCCGGCGGUGGGAUGCGCGCCGGACCCGAGCAGCUGUGUGCAGCGCGCCGGCGACGGACCGGCCGCGGCGUCCCGGUGCGCCGUGGACUCGGACUGCCCGGCGUCGCGGGCGUGCAGCCCAGUUGACGGCGCGUGUCGCGAUCCGUGCGACGGGCUGUCGUGCGACCCACCCCGGGCCUGCAUGGUCCGCAACCACCGGGCGCGAUGCGCGUGCAAGUACGGCUUCGCCGUCAGCGAGCUGGGCGAGUUGUCGUGCGCGCCCGCCGAACGCGAGUGCCGGGCCGACGCUGACUGCGCGCCGCACCUCCGGUGCACGGGACAGGGCCGAUGCCUGAGUCCGUGCGACGGCGGCGGUGCGGGUGGCCCGUGCCCGGCCGACAAGCGGUGUCUGGUGCUCGAUCACCGGGCCGUGUGCGUGUGCGCCGACAACUGUGCGCCAACCGCGUCCAUGUGCCUCCGGGACGCCGGUUGCCCGGAGCACGAGGCGUGCGUCAACUUUGCGUGCGUCGACCCGUGCGCGAACGUCACGUGUCCCGCGGACGCCCCGUGCGGCGUGGACGGGCACCGGGCCGUGUGCAAGUUCUGUCCGGCCGGUUACAGUGCCGAUUCGAAGUCGGGAUGUCUGAAAGUGGUCGGAUGCUCCGCGCACUACGAAUGUCCGUCCGGACAAGCUUGCAUUGCGAAUCAGUGCCAAAACCCGUGUCAACACAACAAUCCAUGUAAUUCACAACAAGACUGUCAAGUACAAGACCAUCAACCAGUUUGCUUGAAAUUAUGCCAAUGCCAAAAGAAUGAACACUGCCAAAACGGUUACGUGUGUGAUGGAUGCAAUUGUAUAUUAUCGAGUCAAGAUCCUAUUGCGAUCCCGGGAUGUGAGCAUUGCCCGACAGGUGUACCAUGUGAUCCGAUAACUGGAGCUUGCGCUAAAGUAACCUGUAAUACGAACAACGAUUGUACAAAUGGCGAAGUUUGCAUCCAGCAAAUUUGCCAAAACCAAUGCACCGUUCACAACCCGUGCGCUCAAAAUGCAGCGUGCAUUAACACCGCUCACGGAGUCGAUUGUAGCUGCGUAGAAGGAUUUCAAGGAAACGGAUUUGUAGGAUGUCUACCAGUUCGAUCAUACAAGCCCAUUUGUCAAUACAACGAAGACUGUCCACCAGAUAAAUUAUGUGAUCGAUUAAAUCGCGUCUGUAUAAAUCCUUGUGCGGAAGACUCUUGCGGUGAAAAUGCCGAAUGUUAUCCUGUAAACCAUGGUACAGAAUGCAGAUGUUUACAAGGCCAUCAAGGAAAUCCAUACAUAUCUUGUGCAUCAGUCACCGGAUGUCGGUCGAACAAAGAAUGCUCAACUAAUGAGGCAUGUAUAAAUGGAAAAUGCUCUAACCCAUGCCGAUGUGGUCCAAAUGCUGUAUGCGAUGUUGUGAAUCAUAAAGCAACAUGCAAAUGUCUUGCCGGCUACAACGGAAAUCCAUUAGUAGGAUGUCAAGCACCUCAAAAUCCAUGCGAUCCAAAUCCUUGUGGAAUGCACGCCCUUUGUGAAAUCGAUAAUGGAAAUCCAAUUUGUUACUGUCCGAAAGGAAUGACAGGAAAUCCAUUUAAAAGUUGCAUUCCUGAAGGUGAUGAAUGCUCGCCAAAUCCGUGUGGCCCCUACUCUGGAUGUAGAGUAGUACAAGGUUCUGCAGUUUGUUUCUGUUUAUCUGAGUAUGAAGGAGAUCCUCCUAUCACGCCUUGCCAUUUACCAACCAAUCCUUGCACACCAUCUCCAUGUGGACCUAACACACAAUGUACAUUGUUGGAUAAUGGAUUUUCCAAAUGCACAUGUUUACCAGGCUACAUUGAGAGUCCAAACACAAUACGUGGAUGUGUAGAGAAAAAGAAUCCAUGUGAGCCAAAUCCUUGUGGACAAAGCGCAGUAUGUGAUCCAAACAGGCAACCAUCAUGUUUCUGCCCCGAUCCAUUAAUUGGAAAUCCAUACAAGUUUUGUGGUGAACCACUGAAAACCUUAUGUCAACCGGGACCUUGUGGAGUAAAUGCAGAUUGUUAUGUAACUGGAAGUAAUGAACAAUGUUACUGUAAAAAUGGCUAUUCGGGAAACCCUUACAAUGGCUGUACUUUAAUUCCAACGAGUCCUUGUGAACCAAAUCCAUGUGGAAAAUAUGCAUACUGCAAAAUUUCAUCUGAAGGAAAACCAUUAUGUUCCUGUCCUGAUGGUAUGGGUGGAAACCCACUAACAGGAUGUAAAGGUCCAGAAUGUUCAACUAAUGAUGAAUGCCCAUGGGAUAAAUCAUGCUUAGGUUAUAAAUGUAAUGAUCCAUGUCCAGGAGCGUGUGGAGUAGGUGCUUCUUGCAAAGUUGAAAACCAUCGCCCCGUAUGUACAUGUAAUCGUGGACUAACUGGAAAUCCAUUAUUCCGUUGUUAUCAAAUAAGUUCAGAUCCAGCUCCAACUGGAAAUCCGUGUUUGCCCAACCCGUGUGGAAUUAAUACAGAAUGUAAAAUUCAAAAUCGUAAACCAGUUUGUUCUUGUUUACCCAAUUUCGUUGGAAAUCCUAAGACUGGAUGUCAGCCAGAGUGCGUUUUAAACACUGACUGUAAGAAUCAUCAAGCUUGUAUUGAUUACCGUUGUCGAGAUCCAUGUGCAUUUGGAAAUAUUUGCGGUCUUGGAGCUGUAUGUCAAUGCAAAGAUCAUACACCACUAUGUUCUUGCAGAGAAGGUUUUGUUGGAGACCCAUUCCUACAAUGUUUACCAAAACCUGAUGACGAGCCAUUUAAAAACAUGACUCUUCCUUGUGCGCCUUCACCAUGUGAUCCAUAUGCUUCUUGUAAUGUGUAUGGUGGUCAAAUAGCUAUGUGUGAUCCCUGCUCUUCAACUGAACAACAAUGGAAUCCACAAUGCCAUCCUCAGUGUUUAUACAACUCUGAUUGCCCGUUCAAUUUAGCUUGUGUGGGACAAAAAUGUAUUGAUCCUUGUCCAGGAUCGUGUGGUAUUCAAGCUGAAUGUACUGUUGUAUAUCAUAAUCCAAUUUGUUCAUGUCAAUCAGGAUUAAUAGGAAAUCCAUACGAACAUUGUACAACUCCAAAACAAAAUGAUGUGGCCAAGCCUCUAACAUGUGAUCAAGUACAAUGUGGAGCAAAUGCUGUAUGCAAAAAAUCAAAUGGAAUGACUAUCUGCGUUUGUCGUCAACAGUACUACGGAAAUCCAUACUUAUCGUGCAGGCCCGAAUGUGUUAUUAAUACUGAUUGUGGUCAAACAUUAGCUUGUAUUAAUAACAAAUGCGUUAAUCCUUGUUUGGGAGUAUGUGGCGUUAAUGCUCAAUGCCAAGUAGUUAAUCAUUUUCCUGUAUGUUUCUGUCAACAAGAUUAUUCAGGAGACCCGUUCGUUAGCUGCUAUCAAGCUGCUAGACCAAAUUAUCCACCAAUAAUGGGCCCAGCAGAUAAUGCUUGUGACCCCUCUCCGUGUGGUUCCAACAGCCGCUGUCAUAUUUCAGAACAAGGAUUUGCAACAUGCUCGUGCUUACCAGGAUAUCGUGGUUCUCCACCAGUAUGUAAACCAGAAUGUGUUGUAAGCGCGGAAUGUCCUCAAACUCAAGCUUGCUUAAAUCAAAAAUGUGUUGACCCAUGUCCCGGUACAUGUGGUGUUGGAGCUAAUUGUUAUUCUAUUUGCCAUAACCCGAUUUGUAGUUGUCCACCAGGACACGUUGGUGAUCCAUUCGUAAGCUGUCAUUUACCUCUUGGCGAAGAAACACCUAAAAUACCAGGAAAUCCUUGUGAACCUACACCGUGUGGUCCAAAUUCGAUUUGUGAAAUUAAAAAAGGACAUCCCGUUUGUUCAUGUUCUCCGAAUUAUAUCGGAAGUCCGCCUUAUUGUCGGCCAGAAUGUAUAAUGAAUCACGAAUGUCCACACAACAAAGCAUGUAUUCAAGAAAAAUGUCAAAACCCAUGCACAAAAUCGUGCGGCUUGAAUGCUAAAUGUGAUGUUGUUAAUCAUACACCAUUCUGUACAUGCGAACAUGGUUAUGAAGGAGAUGCAUUUAUUAGCUGUACUAGAAUCCCACCAACUGUGUUACCUGAAAUUCCAAGAGAUCCAUGUAAUCCAUCGCCAUGUGGUGAAAAUACUCAAUGUUUUAGUGAAAACAAUGGAGUUUCAAAAUGUGUGUGCAUACCACCUUAUAUCGGCAACCCUUACUCGGGAGGUUGUAGGCCUGAAUGUUUGAUGAACAGUGAUUGUAUGUCAAAUUUGGCAUGUUUGGCUAGCCAUUGUCGAGAUCCGUGCCCGGGUGUAUGCGGUCUUAAUGCUCAAUGUAAUGUUGUUAGCCAUGUACCAGUUUGUACUUGUUUCCCCGGAUAUGUCGGAGAUCCAUUCCAAUCUUGUAGAAGAGAACCAAUUAGCCCACCUAUUCCCCAAAACCCUUGUGAACCUUCACCUUGUGGUCCAAAUAGUCAAUGCCGUACCCAGGGUUAUAAUGCAGUUUGCUCAUGUAUACAAGGUUUUAUCGGCACCCCUCCAUCUUGUCGCCCAGAAUGCGUUGUAAGUGCUGAAUGUCCAGUAGACAAGGCAUGUAUAGCACAAAAGUGUUCAGAUCCUUGUCCUGGAACAUGUGGAUUGCAUGCUCGGUGUAAUGUCAUUAAUCACAAUCCCAUUUGCACUUGUCCACCGAAAUUCGUUGGUGAUCCAUUUGUAAGGUGUAUUCAAGAAGAACCAAAAACUCCUCCGGUCGUCUACCAAGAUCCUUGUUUCCCGUCGCCAUGUGGUGCUAAUUCUGAGUGUAGAGAACAUGAUAGUAGACCAGUUUGUUCGUGUUUACCGGGAAUGCUUGGAGCUCCUCCAAACUGUCGACCAGAAUGUUUAAUUCAUGCUGACUGCCCUACUAGAUUAGCUUGUCUACAGAGUAAAUGCCGAGAUCCUUGUACAGGAUCUUGUGGGUUCAAUUCUAGAUGUACUGUAAUCAACCAUCAACCAGUGUGUUCAUGUGAGCCGGGCUACCAAGGUGAUCCAUUUAAUGGAUGUAACGCUGUUGCAGCUAUUGAUUAUACGCCUGUUACACCUUGCAACCCUUCACCGUGUGGAGCAAACGCUGUAUGUAAAGAAUCAAAUGGUGCUGGUUCUUGUUCAUGUAUCCCAGAAUAUUUUGGCGAUCCGUAUUCCGGAUGUCGACCAGAAUGUGUAAACAAUCUUGAUUGUGCGUGGAAUAAAGCAUGCAUCAAUUACAAAUGUAUAGAUCCUUGUAUUGGUGCUUGUGGUUUAUAUGCAGAGUGUAAGGUCAGCAACCAUGCUCCGACUUGCUAUUGUUUGCCAGGGUACACUGGAAGCGCUUUAUUAUCAUGUCAUAAAAUUGAGUUUGAUCCAACAUGUGAAGUUGAUUUGAUUAUUACGAAAAACCCUUGCAUGAAAUCACCUUGUGGGCAAUAUAGUCAAUGCCGAGCUGUAAAUGGCCAUGCAGUAUGCUCUUGUUUACCUGGUUACUUUGGAAAUCCUCCAAAUUGUCAUCCAGAAUGCAUAACUAGUUCAGAUUGUCCACAAGAUAAAUCAUGUGUAAAUCAAAUCUGUUCAGACCCAUGUCCAGGCACAUGUGGUUACAACGCACAAUGUCGAGUUGUGAAUCAUAGUCCGAUAUGUAGUUGCUACUCUGGUUAUUACGGUGAUCCAUUUGUUCGUUGUGCUAUUAUUGAAAAGCCUUUGCCACCAGAACAGGAUAGACUACCACAGAACCCUUGUGUUCCAUCACCGUGCGGUCCAAAUUCUAUAUGUCUUUCCAAAGAUAGUAUUCCUACCUGCUCUUGUUUACCAAAUUAUAUUGGCCGACCUCCUUGCUGUAGACCAGAAUGCACAAUAAAUGCCGAAUGCUUUGGCAAUUUGGCUUGUGUUAAUGAAAAGUGUAUAGAUCCUUGUCCCGGUUCUUGCGGCAUUAACGCCUUUUGUAAAGUUAUUUCUCAUAAUCCUGUAUGCAAAUGUAAUGACGGGUAUACCGGUGAUCCAUUUAUAGCCUGUCGACCAACACCAAUUCCACUUCCACCACCAGCAGAUGUGCCAAGUGAUCCAUGUAACCCAUCGCCAUGUGGUGCAAAUGCUAUUUGCAAAGAAAGAAAUAAUGCUGGAUCUUGCUCAUGUAUCCCUGAAUAUACAGGAGAUCCUUAUACGGGAUGUAGACCAGAGUGUGUGCUAAAUAGUGAAUGUCCUAGAGACAGAGCUUGCAUAAACAAUAAGUGUCGUGACCCGUGUCCAGGAAUGUGUGGUUUAUAUGCUGAAUGCAGAGUUAUCAACCAUUCUCCUUCAUGUGCUUGUCUUCCAGGAUAUACUGGCAAUCCAUUGUCUGCUUGUCAACUUCUCCCAGUUGCCAGCCCAGAUCUACCACCUAAAAACCCUUGCAUACCUUCACCUUGUGGCCCGUACAGUCAAUGCAGGACAAUAAAUGACCAUGCUGUUUGUUCAUGUCAAACAAACUAUAUCGGUACACCCCCAGCUUGUCGGCCAGAAUGUAUGGUUAGCUCUGAAUGCGCUCAAGAUAAGGCAUGUGUCAAUCAAAAAUGUGUAGACCCAUGUCCCGGAACUUGUGGUCUUAAUGCAAGGUGCCAAGUUGUCAACCACAAUCCAAUAUGUAGCUGCUCAGCUGGGUAUACUGGCGAUCCAUUUGUCCGGUGUUUACAAGAAAAACCAACAUAUUACGAUGAACCAUCAAUUCCCACUAAUCCGUGUGUUCCAUCUCCGUGUGGACCCAAUUCUUUAUGUCGUGAUCACAGUGGUACUCCUGCGUGUUCGUGUUUAUCUAAUUAUAUUGGUCGACCACCAAAUUGUCGUCCAGAAUGUACGAUUAAUGCUGAAUGCCCUGGAAAUCUGGCUUGUGUAAAUGAAAAAUGUCGAGAUCCGUGCCCAGGCUCAUGUGGUAUAUACGCGACAUGUAAUACAGUUAAACAUGUACCUCAGUGUGUUUGCCAAAAUGGAUAUACUGGAGAUCCAUUUAGUGGAUGCUCGCUUAUACAACAAACUCCAACUGAAGGGCCAAAGAUGCCAUGCAACCCAUCACCAUGUGGAGCAAAUGCAAUAUGUAAAGAACGAAAUGGUGCUGGUUCUUGUUCGUGUUUACCGGAAUAUUUUGGAGAUCCAUAUACUGGAUGUAGGCCAGAAUGUGUGACGAAUUCUGAUUGUGAUCGUAGUAAAUCUUGUAUGAACAAUAAAUGUCGCGAUCCAUGUCCAGGAGUUUGUGGUUUAAAUGCAGAAUGCAGGGUAAUUAACCACUCUCCAUCUUGCUAUUGUCCAGUGGGUUAUACUGGAGAUCCAACGUUAUCUUGCUACAUUCAACCAUUACUUGAUCCAGAACCACCUACAAAUCCAUGUAUUCCUUCACCGUGUGGUCCUUACAGUCAAUGUAGACCUGUCAAUAAUCAUGCUGUAUGUUCGUGCCAAACAGAUUACAUAGGAACACCACCAGCUUGUCGGCCAGAGUGUAUGGUGAGCUCUGAAUGUCCGCAGGACAAAGCAUGUGUUAGAAAGAAAUGUAUAGACCCAUGCCCUGGUACAUGUGGAUCAAAUGGAAGAUGUCAAGUAGUCAAUCAUAGUCCAAUUUGCAGUUGUCCUCCAGGUUAUAAUGGGGAUCCAUUUGUACGGUGUUUCAAAGAACAACCUCCGCCAGCUGACAUACCAUCCAAUCCAUGUGUUCCAUCACCUUGUGGACCAAAUUCAGUAUGUCGUGAAAUCGGUAACACUCCAGCAUGUUCAUGUUUGGACAGUUACAUUGGACGACCACCUAAUUGCCGACCAGAAUGUACCAUCAAUGCCGAAUGUCCAGGGAACUUAGCGUGUUCAAAAGAAAGAUGUAAAGACCCAUGUCCUGGUUCAUGUGGAAUAUAUGCUUCGUGUGUAACGAUAAACCAUAGUCCACAAUGUAAUUGUGAACCAGGUUACACGGGAGAUCCAUUUGCUGGAUGUUCUCUUAUACAACAAGUUGUCCCAACCGAAGGACCAAAAAUGCCCUGUAACCCAUCUCCGUGUGGAGCAAACGCUAUAUGUAAAGAACGUAAUGGAGCAGGAUCUUGUAUAUGUUUACCAGAAUAUUUUGGUGAUCCUUACACAGGAUGUAGACCAGAAUGUGUGACUAAUUCAGAAUGUGAUAGAAGUAAAGCAUGCGUAAAUAAUAAAUGCCGUGAUCCUUGUCCUGGUACAUGUGGUCUUAACGCAGAAUGUAGUGUCAUAAAUCACGCACCAUCGUGUACAUGUUUCCCGGGUUAUACUGGCAAUCCAAUUACCGCAUGUCAUAUGCCACCACCAAUGGAUGAAAUACCUAAAAAUCCAUGUGAACCGUCACCGUGUGGGCCUUAUAGCAUAUGUAGAACUGUGAAUGGUCAUGCAGUGUGUUCUUGUCAAACUAACUAUGUUGGUACACCUCCAGGCUGUCGUCCAGAGUGUGUAGUAAGUUCAGAAUGUCCUCAAAACAGAGCUUGUAUCAACCAAAAAUGUUCAGACCCUUGUAUUGGAAUAUGUGGUAUUGGGGCCAGAUGUCAAGUUAUAAACCAUAAUCCAAUUUGCAGUUGUCCAAAUGGUUUAAUUGGCGAUCCUUUUGUUCAAUGCAAAUCUGAACCACGACCAACUCAGCCACCACCUAGUGGAAAUCCUUGUGUCCCAUCUCCAUGUGGUCUAAAUUCAAUAUGUCGUGAAGUGGGCUCAACACCAGCAUGCUCUUGUCUGCCAAACUAUAUAGGAAGACCACCAAACUGUCGCCCCGAAUGUUCGAUCAAUGCAGAAUGUCCAGGAAAUCUUGCUUGCUUAAAUGAACGUUGUAAAGAUCCUUGUCCUGGUUCUUGUGGAGUACACGCAACUUGCGUAACACGUAACCAUAGACCACAGUGUACUUGUGAAACUGGAUAUACAGGAGAUCCAUUUGCAGGAUGUUCUAUAGUUCAACAAAUUCCUCCCACUGAAGGACCAAGAGAUCCAUGCAAUCCAUCACCAUGUGGAGCUAAUGCAAUUUGUCGAGAAAAGAACGGUGCUGGCUCUUGUAUUUGUCUCCCUGAAUAUUUCGGUGAUCCUUAUACAGGGUGCAGGCCUGAAUGUGUUACAAAUGCAGAUUGUGAUCGUACAAAAGCAUGUGCAAAUAAUAAAUGCAAAGACCCAUGCCCUGGAACAUGUGGCCUCAAUGCAGAAUGCAAAGUUCUAAACCAUGCACCUUCAUGUAGUUGUAUACCAGGAUAUACUGGUGAUCCGUUAAGCAUUUGUAAUGUUAUACCCAUAACUGAAGCUACACCAAUAGAUCCUUGCGUUCCAUCUCCAUGUGGACCUAACAGUCAAUGCAGAGAAUUAAACGACCAUGCCGUUUGUUCUUGUUUAAGUUCUUAUAUCGGUACACCCCCAUCUUGUCGUCCUGAAUGCGUUGUCAGUUCAGAGUGUAGUCAAAACAAAGCUUGUGUUAAUCAAAAAUGUAGUGACCCCUGCAUUGGCACUUGUGGCCUGAAUACAAGGUGUCAAGUAGUAAAUCACAAUCCCAUUUGUAGCUGUUCCCCCGGAUAUACGGGCGAUCCUUUUGCUUCUUGCAAUAAAAUACAACCCACAACCACUCCUUCACCACCUACAGCCCCUUGCUCUCCGUCACCUUGCGGACCUCAUUCUCAAUGUAGAGUGGUGAGCAAUACAGCUGCUUGCUCUUGUUUGCAAAACUACAUUGGUCGGCCACCCAAUUGUAGGCCUGAGUGUGUUAUUAGCGCGGAAUGUUCAAGUAACUUGGCAUGUAUCAAUGAAAAAUGCUCUGAUCCAUGCCCAGGAUCAUGUGGACAAUAUGCUCAUUGUAGAGUGAUCAAUCACCACCCAGUUUGUACUUGUUUACCAGGGUACACUGGCGAUGCGCUUACAUAUUGCCAACUGUUACCUACCUCAACUGAAAGAUCACCAGAAGCUGUAGAUCCUUGUUAUCCGUCACCGUGUGGUCCAAACUCAGAUUGUGUCAACCGAAAUGGGGUAGCUGCUUGUACGUGCUCUACAGGAUUUUUCGGUGAUCCUUAUACGGGAUGUCGAAGAGAAUGUGAAAACAAUGACGAUUGCAAUUUGGCUUUAGCUUGCAUUGGCUAUAAAUGUAUAGAUCCUUGUCCAGGAACUUGUGGUUCUGAGGCAUUAUGUACGGUUGUGAAACAUAUACCUAUAUGCUCUUGUCCACCAUCGUUUACUGGUGAUCCAUUCACCUCUUGUCGUCCAAUACCAGUUAUCCCAACCCAGAGAGAACCAAUUGACCCAUGUCAUCCGUCACCGUGUGGACCUAACAGUCAAUGUCGUAAAAUUAACGACCAAGCUGUUUGUUCUUGUUUGCCAAAUUAUAUGGGUAGUCCACCAGAAUGUAGACCUGAAUGUGUUGUCAGUUCAGAAUGUCCCUUGGAUAAAGCUUGUACAAAUCAAAAGUGUUUGGAUCCAUGUCCAAAUACUUGCGGUAUUCAAGCUUUAUGUACUGUGAGAAAUCAUAACCCAAUUUGUGCUUGCCCAGCUGGAUAUUCUGGAGAUCCAUUCUCACUUUGUACCUUAAUACCUACUACGCCAACACCUCCAGUAACUGAACGUCCAGCAUCAUGUUAUCCAACACCAUGUGGACCUAACUCGCAAUGCCAAAUACAAAACGGAAUUCCAGUAUGCUCAUGUCUUCCAGAUUUCAUAGGUUCACCACCUUCAUGCAGACCUGAAUGUGUUAUAAGUGCUGAAUGUCCAAGUCAACUGGCUUGUAUGAACCAAAAAUGUCGAGACCCAUGUGUGGGCUCAUGUGGACUAAAUGCAAAUUGUCAUGUAUUAAAUCAUGUUCCUAUUUGUACUUGUAAUAAUGGUUUAACUGGAGAUCCAUUCGCCUUAUGUACACAAAUACAAAUAACUACCGAGAGACCAUUAGCAUCUGAUCCUUGUAAUCCAUCACCUUGCGGACCAAAUGCAAUCUGCAAAGGAAAUGGAAAUUGCGAGUGCUUGCCAGAAUAUACAGGAAACCCCUAUGAGAAUUGUCGUCCAGAAUGUGUCUUGAAUACAGAAUGCUCUAGAGACAAGGCAUGCAUGAGAAAUAAAUGUCGCGAUCCAUGUAUUGGAACUUGCGGACAAGGUGCAAAUUGUGACGUAGUGAAUCACAUCCCGAUUUGUUCAUGUCCAACCAAAUAUUCGGGAGAUCCGUUCACAAUUUGUCGACCAGUUCCAGAGGAUGUCCCUGUAUCAAGUGACCCAUGCAAUCCAUCACCUUGUGGUCCUUAUAGCCAAUGUCGAAACAUAAAUAAUCAUGCAGUGUGUUCUUGUUUACCAAAUUAUAUUGGUGCGCCACCAUCAUGCCGUCCAGAAUGUACUGUUAGCUCUGAAUGUAAUCCAGAUAAAGCAUGUGUAAACAUGAAAUGCAUCAACCCAUGUAUAGGAGCUUGUGGUUCUGGAGCUAGAUGUGAAGUAAUUAAUCAUAGUCCAAUCUGCAGUUGUAGAGAAGGACAAACUGGAGAUCCAUUCAGAAGCUGUUAUUCAAUUCCAAAGCCAGUACUUCCACCUCAAAAUGAUCCACCAAAACUCCCAUGUGUCCCUUCACCCUGUGGUCCAAAUUCUCAAUGUAUUGCUUCUGGGAAUAACCCAUCAUGUUCAUGUUUACCAUCUUACAUUGGUGCUCCACCAAAUUGUCGACCAGAAUGUAUAAUAAACCCUGAUUGUCCAUCAACUCUUGCUUGCAUCAACAACAAAUGUAGAGAUCCAUGUCCAGGAUCUUGUGGAAGUGAUGCUCAUUGCCAAGUCGUUAAUCAUGCAGUCUCGUGUUUAUGUCCCAAUGGAUAUACAGGAAAUCCAUUUGUUCAAUGCAUUUAUCAACAAGAAAAUUUAAAUCCAUGUGAACCAUCUCCGUGUGGAGCAAAUGCAGUAUGCAAACAACAAGAUGAUGCCGGAUCUUGUUCAUGUAUUAAUGAUUAUUAUGGAAAUCCAUAUGAAGGUUGUCGACCUGAAUGUGUUCACAGUUCAGACUGUCCUACAAAUAAAGCAUGUAUUGGAAAUAAAUGUGGACCCUGUCCCGGAGUAUGUGGAGUAGAUGCUGUUUGUACAGUUAUUAGCCAUGUUCCAACUUGCAACUGUAUACCAGGUUAUAUAGGAAAUCCAUUUACUUACUGUCAACUUCAACCUCCAACAACUCAAGCCACUGUAUAUGACCCUUGUAAUCCAUCGCCGUGUGGUCCUAACAGCCAAUGUAAAAAUGUAAACCAACAAGGCGUAUGUUCUUGUCAAAAAGAAUAUCAAGGAACUCCACCGAAUUGUAGACCUGAGUGUGUCGUAAACAAUGAGUGUCCAUCGAACAGAGCUUGUCAUAAAUUCAAAUGCACAGAUCCUUGUCCUGGAACGUGCGGACUAAAUGCACGCUGUGAAGUUAUUAAUCAUAGUCCAAUUUGCACUUGUUCACCUGGUUUAAUCGGUGAUCCUUUCACUAGAUGUUAUCCGCAACCAGUGAAACCAUUAGAUGAACCAGUAAUACCUACAAAUCCUUGUAUCCCCUCGCCGUGUGGACCAAAUUCUGAGUGUCGACCAGUUGGAAAUCAACCAUCAUGUUCUUGUCGUACAAAUUAUGUUGGUUCUCCUCCAAACUGUCGACCUGAAUGCUCUGUUAACUCCGACUGUCCUUCUAUGUUAUCUUGUAUAUCAGAUAAGUGUAGAGAUCCGUGUUAUGGCUCUUGUGGCUUAAAUACAGACUGCAGAGUUCAAAAUCAUAUACCAACUUGUACAUGUAUCGCUGGACACAAUGGUGAUCCAUUUACGCAAUGUGUUCCAAUAAUAGUGCAACCAACACUAGCAACACCAACCGAUCCAUGUAAUCCAUCACCUUGCGGUUCCAACACUCAGUGUUACAAUGGAGUUUGUCAAUGUUUAGCUAACUAUUUUGGAGAUCCAUUAAUAGGUUGUAGGCCUGAAUGUACAAUGAAUACGGAUUGUCCUAGAAAUAAAGCAUGUUUAAACCAAAAGUGUCAGGAUCCUUGUCCAGGCACUUGUGGUCAAGGAGCCAUAUGUGAUGUCAUCAACCAUAUUCCAACAUGUAGUUGUCCCACUGGAACUGUUGGCGAUGCAUUUGUUAUCUGUAGACCUAUUAAAGUUCAAGAUGAACCAUCAAGAGACCCAUGUAAUCCUUCACCAUGUGGACCAAAUAGCGUUUGUCGUGUAGUCGAAGGACAUGCUGUUUGUUCAUGUCAAAAUAGUAUGAUUGGUUCACCGCCUUCUUGUCGACCAGAAUGUGUUGUUAGUGCAGAGUGUCCUUUAACUCAAGCAUGUCUCAUGAGCAAAUGCCGUGAUCCUUGUCCUGGAACUUGUGGCCAUCUUGCUAAUUGUAAAGUAGUAAAUCAUAGUCCUAUUUGUACUUGUCCGCCGCGGCAUAGUGGAGAUCCAUUUAGAAGCUGUUAUCCUGUUCAAGAAGUAAGACCAACACCAUCGGCUGAUCCAAUUAAUGUUUGUGUUCCAUCACCGUGUGGUCCCAAUUCUGAGUGUAGAGAUCGUGGAGGCGCACCAGCGUGUUCAUGUUUGCCAAAUUACGUAGGAACGCCACCAUCGUGCAGACCGGAAUGUACAAUUAAUCCUGAAUGUCCUAGUCAUUUAUCAUGUAUUAAUCAAAAAUGUACAGACCCUUGUCCUGGUUCAUGUGGCUCAAAUGCUGCAUGUACUGUUAUUAAUCACACUCCCAUGUGUUCCUGCAAUAAUGGAUUUACUGGAGAUCCGUUUACAUAUUGUCAAUCAGUUCCUGUGUUACCAGUAUACCAAGAACCUCUAAAUCCAUGCAUUCCUUCCCCUUGCGGAAUGAAUGCUAUAUGUAAAGAGUAUAAUGGUGCUGGUUCAUGUAGUUGUUUACCGGAAUAUAAUGGAAAUCCAUAUGAAGGCUGUAGGCCAGAAUGCGUCAUAAAUUCUGACUGUACUCCUCAAAAAGCUUGUGUGAAAAAUAAAUGUCAAAAUCCAUGCGCUGGAACUUGUGGUCAAAACGCGGAAUGCUACGUGACUAAUCAUUUGCCAUCAUGUACUUGUAUACCAGGUUUUACUGGAGAUCCAUAUAAAUACUGCAUCCCAGCUCCACCACCUCAACAAAUACAAGCAGAUCCAAUAAAUCCUUGUGUUCCAUCACCAUGUGGACCAAAUAGCCAGUGUAAGGUAAUAAAUAACCAAGCUGUGUGUUCAUGUCUACAAUUGUAUGUGGGAAAUCCUCCAAAUUGUAGACCAGAGUGUGUAGUCAACUCAGAAUGUGGUAAACCCAAAGCGUGUCGAAAUUUAAAAUGCGUAGACCCUUGUAUAAAUGCUUGUGGGUCUAAUUCAAAAUGUAAAGUAAUAAAUCACAGCCCAAUAUGUUCGUGUAAAGAAGGAUAUACUGGUGAUCCAUUUUUAAGCUGUUAUGCUAUACAAUACUUGCCGUCAUUACCAAUACAAAAUGAACCAAUAAAUCCAUGUAUUCCAUCACCGUGUGGCCUGUACUCGUAUUGUAAAGAUUCCAACGGAUAUCCUUCUUGUUCUUGUCAAGAAAAUUAUAUCGGUUCCCCGCCAAACUGUAGACCCGAAUGUACAAUAAACGAAGAAUGUCCAAAAGAUAAGGCUUGUAUGAAACAAAAAUGCCAAGACCCGUGUCCUGGUUCAUGCGGUAUCAAUGCCAAUUGUAAUGUUUAUAACCAUAACCCGAUAUGUUCCUGUAUUGAAGGUUACACAGGAGAUCCGUUUAUCAGUUGCUAUAUAAAACCAACAUCUCCUCCUAAGCCACAAUAUGACGAUCCAUGUAACCCGUCACCAUGUGGAUCAAAUGCCUUAUGUAAUAAUGGUGUUUGUUCUUGUUUGAGUGAAUAUCAAGGCGAUCCGUAUUCUGGCUGUCGUCCAGAAUGUAUUUUAAACACAAAUUGUCCAAUUAUUAAAGCGUGUAUUAAUAAUAAAUGUAAAGAUCCAUGCCAAGGAACAUGUGGAGUAAAUGCAAUUUGUAACGUUUACAAUCAUAUUCCAAUGUGUACGUGUCCCCAAGGCACAAAUGGAAAUGCAUUUAUUCAAUGCACACCAAUCCAAGCAACUGUUGAAGUUAUCAACCCAUGUGCUCCGUCUCCAUGCGGACCAAAUAGCCAAUGUAAACAAGUGAAUGGUGUGGCAGUGUGUUCAUGCAUAUCUGGAUACUUGGGUGCACCACCUUUAUGUAGACCUGAAUGCACAAUUAAUUCUGACUGUAGUUUAAGCGAAGCUUGUUCAAAUCAAAAGUGUCGAAAUCCAUGUCCUAGUAUUUGUGGAAUCGGAGCAAAAUGUCAAGUCAUAAAUCAUAAUCCAAUCUGUAGCUGUUCACCGGGCUUGAUUGGUGAUCCAUUUACAAGAUGUUAUAAUAAACCUGCUGAUUUACCACAAUACGUUGGCAAUCCUUGUAUUCCAUCUCCAUGUGGACCCAAUUCUCAGUGUAAGGUUCAAGGUGAAUCACCGUCAUGCUCUUGUUUACCUAACUUUAUCGGAUCGCCUCCAAAUUGCAAACCGGAAUGUAUCACCAACAGCGAGUGUUCAUAUAAUUUAGCUUGCGCUAAUAUGAAAUGUAAAGAUCCAUGUCCAGGUUCGUGCGCACCAAAUGCUGAAUGUCAUGUAGUAAGCCAUUCACCAAUAUGCAAAUGUCCAAUUGGAUACAUAGGAGAUCCGUUCACACAAUGCGUUAUGCAACAAGCUGAUCCAGUACCACAAGAAUACUUAAAUCCAUGUGUACCAUCUCCGUGUGGGACAAAUGCAAUUUGUAAAGAACAAAACGGAGCUGGUUCAUGUACAUGCUUACCUGAAUACUAUGGAAAUCCAUACGAAGGAUGUAGACCAGAAUGCGUUUUAAAUACAGAUUGUGCAUCAAACAAAGCAUGCUCUAAUUAUAAAUGUAAAAACCCAUGUCCAGGAACAUGUGGUCAAAAUGCUGAAUGCCAAGUAGUUAAUCAUCUGCCCAUGUGCUCUUGCUAUCAAGGAUAUACUGGUGAUCCAUUUAGAUUCUGUCAUCAAAUACCUCUUCCACAACAAACUGAAAUCGAACCAAUUAACCCAUGUUCACCUUCUCCAUGUGGACCAAAUAGUCAAUGUCGAGAAAUUAACCACCAAGCUGUUUGCUCGUGCCUUCCGACGUAUGUAGGAAGCCCACCUGGAUGUAGACCAGAAUGUGUAACUAAUUCGGAGUGUGCUUUAAAUAUGGCAUGCAUAAAACAGAAAUGUUCAAAUCCUUGUCCUGAACCGUGUGGACAAAAUUCAAAUUGCAAAGUUAUCAACCACAGUCCUGUUUGUUCAUGUAUUAACGGUUAUACUGGAGAUCCAUUUAUUCGUUGUUAUCAAAUACCUCCACCUCCACCACAAUUCGAUCCAGUUUAUGUCAACCCUUGCAUUCCAUCGCCAUGUGGUCCAUAUUCUCAAUGUAGAGAACAGAAUGGCUAUCCGUCUUGUUCUUGUUUAGCUGAAUAUAUCGGAAGUCCUCCAAAUUGCCGUUUUGAAUGUACAAUUAAUGCAGAAUGCCCCAGAGAUAAAGCAUGUAUGAAACAAAAAUGUCAAGAUCCGUGUCCUGGAUCGUGUGGAGUAAACGCAUUAUGCAAUGUAGUGAACCAUACACCAAUUUGCAUAUGUCCUGAUAACUAUGAAGGCAAUCCUUUCGAAAACUGCAGACCAAAACCUAUGGAUGUUCCAGAACCAGUAUACUCGGAUCCAUGUAAUCCAUCACCUUGUGGUCCUAACUCUGAUUGCUAUAAUGGUGUUUGUACAUGUAAAUCUGAAUUUCAAGGUGAUCCUUACUCAGGAUGCAGACCUGAGUGUGUACUAAAUAACGAUUGUCCUAGAAACAAAGCAUGCAUUAAAAAUAAAUGCAAAGACCCAUGUCCUGGCACCUGUGGAACGAAUGCCAUCUGUGAAGUUUAUAAUCAUAUACCAAUGUGUAGAUGUCCUGAUGGAAUGUAUGGAAACGCGUUCAUAAAUUGUUUGAUACAACAAGAUGUGAUCCCGGUUACGAAUGUAAAUCCAUGCUAUCCAUCUCCAUGUGGACCUAACAGUCAAUGCAAAGAAAUUAAUGGACAAGCAGUAUGCUCAUGUAUAAUCGGCUAUUUAGGAGUACCACCAACAUGUAGACCAGAAUGUACAAUCAAUUCUGAUUGUAACUUAAAUGAAGCAUGUUCAAACCAAAAAUGUCAAGAUCCGUGUCGUGGUGUUUGUGGAAUUGGAGCUAUCUGCCGUGUAUAUAACCAUAAACCUAUUUGUAGUUGUCCUCCAGGACAAAUAGGAAAUCCGUUUACUAAUUGCCGCCCAAUACCGGUUCAAGAUCCAAUACCAGUAGAAAAUCCUUGUGUACCAUCCCCAUGUGGACCCAAUUCACAAUGUCAAGUAAAAGGACAGUCACCUUCGUGUUCUUGCCUACCUGACUUUAUUGGUUCACCACCAAACUGCAGACCCGAGUGUAUUAGUAAUGGAGAAUGUCCAUAUCAUUUAGCGUGUAAAAAUAUGAAAUGUAAAGAUCCAUGCCCUGGUACCUGUGGACAAAACGCAGAAUGUAAUGUCGUAAGUCAUUCUCCUCAGUGUUACUGCUACCCAGGAUAUGUUGGAGAUCCUUUCACUCAAUGCACAAUACAACAAGCUGAACCAAUAGAAGAAACUUUGAACCCCUGCAUACCAUCACCUUGCGGAGCAAAUGCUAUUUGUAAAGAACAAAAUGGUGCUGGAUCUUGUAGUUGUUUACAGGAAUAUUUUGGAAACCCUUAUGAGCUCUGUAGACCCGAAUGUACAGUAAACACUGAUUGCCCAUCAAAUAAGGCUUGUAUGGGAAAUAAAUGCCUAGAUCCAUGUCCAGGAACAUGUGCCCAAUCCGCAAUUUGUCACGUUUAUAACCAUUCACCAACCUGUUCAUGUAAUUAUGGAUACACAGGAGAUCCAUAUAAAUAUUGCAGUCUGAUUCCAUCUCCAUCAAUUCAAAAUGAACCGUUAAACCCGUGUUCACCUUCUCCGUGUGGACCACACAGUCAAUGUCGAGAAGUCAACUUCCAAGCUGUAUGUUCAUGUUUAUUAAACUAUAUUGGAAGCCCGCCAAAUUGUCGUCCUGAAUGUCUCAUCAGUCAGGAUUGUUCACAAAAUCUUGCAUGUAUAAAUCAGCAUUGUAUUAAUCCUUGUAUUGGACAAUGUGGUCAAAAUGCACAAUGCAAAACAAUAAAACAUCGUCCAAUAUGUACAUGUAGCCCUGGAUAUACCGGAGACCCGUUCUCUAGAUGUUAUCUAGUUCCACCUUUACCUCCACCUCCACAAGAUGAACCAAUACCAAUAAAUCCAUGUGUACCAUCACCGUGUGGGCCUUAUUCUGAGUGUAGAAACUAUGGAAAUUAUCCUUCUUGUAGUUGUCAGCCACAAUACACUGGAAGCCCGCCAAACUGUAGGCCAGAGUGCACAAUCAAUGCAGAAUGUCCGAGUAAUAAUGCAUGUAUGAAAGAGAAAUGUCGAGAUCCAUGUCCUGGUUCAUGUGGAAUUGGGUCAAUAUGUAACGUGUUGAACCACGUUCCUAUUUGCCAAUGCCCUGAUGGAUUCACUGGUGAUCCGUUUGUCAGCUGCUAUCCGAAACCCCAAGCUCCUAUUGCUGACGUAGAAACUGAUCCAUGUAAUCCAUCACCAUGUGGUACAAACGCAAUAUGUAAUAAUGGACUUUGUACAUGUCUCCCUGAAUACCAAGGAGAUCCAUACAUUGGGUGUAGACCAGAAUGUAUUCUCAACGAUGAAUGCUCAAGAGAUAAAGCUUGUAUUCGAAAUAAAUGUGUGAAUCCGUGUCCAGGAACUUGUGGCUACAAUGCUAUUUGUGAAGUAUAUAAUCAUAUACCAAUGUGUCGAUGUCCAGAAGGAUUAGGAGGUGACGCUUUUACUCAAUGUCAGCCAAUAUUACAAGAUCCAAUUAUUAAUCAACCGUGUAAUCCAUCACCUUGUGGACCAAACAGUCAAUGUAGGGAAAUGAACAAUCAAGCGGUAUGUUCAUGUAUCGUGGGAUAUGUAGGCAGCCCACCAUCAUGUAGACCAGAAUGCACAAUUAAUGCGGAUUGCUAUUUGACUGAAGCUUGUUCAAACCAAAAAUGUAUAAAUCCAUGUAUAGGAACAUGUGGCGUUGGAGCUAAAUGCCAGGUUAUAAAUCAUAAACCGAUAUGUAGCUGUCCACCAAGCAUGACUGGUGAUCCAUUUGUACGCUGUCAUGCCAUAUUGGCACUCCCUGAACCUGCGGGUAACCCAUGUAUACCCUCUCCCUGUGGACCUAAUUCACAAUGCCAAGUAAAAGGAGAUACACCAUCGUGUUCGUGUUUACCCGAAUUUAUCGGAUCGCCACCAAAUUGUAAACCAGAAUGCAUUAGCAAUAGUGAAUGCUCCUAUAACAAAGCAUGUAUCUAUAUGAAAUGUAAAGAUCCAUGUCCAGGAUCUUGUGGUCAAAAUGCUGUAUGUCAAGUAGUUAGCCAUGUGCCUAGAUGUUCAUGUUUAUCUGGCUAUGUUGGAGAUCCAUUUAUACAAUGUUAUAUUCAACAAGCUGACCCAGUACCAAUCGAGAAUUUAUCUCCAUGUGAGCCUUCUCCGUGUGGCACUAAUGCUAUUUGUAAAGAACAAAACGGUGCUGGUUCCUGUAGUUGCCUCCCUGGAUUUGAAGGAAAUCCUUAUGAUGGAUGCAGAUAUGAAUGCACACUUAAUACCGACUGUGCAUCUAAUAAAGCUUGUAUUAGAAAUAAAUGUCAAAAUCCUUGUCCUGGAUCUUGUGGACCAAAUGCCGAGUGUUUAGUGAUAAAUCAUCUUCCUAUGUGUACAUGUUACAAUGGUUACACAGGAGAUCCUUUCAAAUAUUGUAAUUUGAUUCCUCCUCAAAUUGUGCAGUCUGAGCCUUAUACUCCUUGUGUUCCAUCACCAUGUGGACCAAAUAGUCAAUGUAAAGAAAUAAAUGGGCAAGCGGUAUGUUCAUGUCUUCCUUCAUAUCACGGAAGUCCUCCUGGUUGUAGACCUGAAUGUGUAUUGAGUUCUGAAUGCAGUGAUAUUCACGCAUGUAUUAAUCAAAAAUGUGUCAAUCCAUGCCCUGGACCGUGCGGUUUGAAUGCUAUAUGUAAAGUUAUAAAACAUAACGCAAUUUGUUCUUGUCAACUCGGGUAUCAAGGGGAUCCGUUUUCCCGUUGUUAUUUAAUACCACCACCACCACCACCGCAACAAGAUGAAGUUAUUUAUACAAACCCAUGUAUUCCAUCUCCAUGUGGUUUAUAUUCAGAAUGUAGAGAUAUUGGUGGAGUACCAUCAUGUUCAUGUUUAUCACAAUAUUUCGGUAGUCCACCAAAUUGUAGACCUGAAUGUGUGUUAAACAACGAUUGUCGAAGCAAUUUAGCAUGUAUUCGAGAGAAAUGUCAAGACCCGUGUCCGGGAUCUUGUGGUAUUGAUGCUUACUGCAAUGUGAUAAAUCACACUCCAAAUUGUGUAUGCCGUGAAGGUUUUAUUGGAGAUCCAUUCACAUCAUGUUACAUAAAACCAAUACAAGACAUCCCAGAACCUAUUGAAAAGGAUCCAUGUAAUCCAUCACCAUGCGGUUCAAAUGCAAUAUGUAAUAAUGGCCAAUGUUCGUGUAUCAAUGAAUACUAUGGCGACCCAUACUCGGGCUGCAGACCGGAAUGUGUAAUUAACAAUGACUGUCCCAGAGACAAGGCUUGUGUUCGCAAUAAAUGUAUGAAUCCAUGUAAAGACACAUGUGGUGAAAAUGCCAUUUGUGAUGUUUAUAAUCAUAUACCAAUGUGCCGCUGUCCUGAAGGAACGGAAGGAAAUGCAUUUAUUAGAUGCACUGCGUUACUGCAAGCACCAAUCGAUAUUCAUCCUUGUUAUCCAUCACCAUGUGGGCCCAACAGUCACUGUAAAGAAAUUAACAAUCAAGCAGUAUGCUCUUGUAUUAUCGGAUAUUUAGGAGUCCCUCCCUCAUGUCGACCUGAAUGUACUGUAAACUCAGAUUGUAAUAGUAAUAAAGCAUGUUCAAAUCAAAAAUGCAUAGACCCGUGUAUUGGAGUAUGUGGUGUUAACUCAAAAUGUCAAGUUAUCAAUCAUAGCCCCAUUUGUAGUUGCAUACCUAGUUUUACGGGAAAUCCGUUUAUUCGAUGUUAUCCAAAACCUGCUGAUAUCCCACAAUCUGUUGGAAAUCCAUGUAUUCCAUCACCGUGUGGGCCAAAUUCUCAAUGUAAAGUGCAAGGUACAUCGCCAUCAUGUUCUUGUUUACCUGAAUUUAUUGGCUCGCCUCCAAAUUGUAAACCUGAAUGUGUAAGUAAUAGUGAAUGUCCAAUUCACUUAUCCUGCAUAAACAUGAAAUGUAAAAAUCCUUGCAUUGGAGUCUGUGCCCCAAGUGCUGAAUGUAGAGUUAUAAGUCAUACACCAAGAUGUACGUGUCGUAUAGGAUACAUUGGUAACCCAUACACCGAAUGUACACUACCUCAAGCUGAUCCUGUACCACAAGAGUAUUUAAAUCCUUGUGAGCCAUCUCCAUGUGGUACAAAUGCCAUUUGUAAAGAACAAAAUGGAGCCGGAUCUUGUGCAUGUCUACCUGAAUACUUUGGAAAUCCAUACGAGGGUUGCAAGCCUGAAUGUGUUGUGAAUGCUGAAUGUCAAUCUAAUAAAGCAUGUAUGAAUAAUAAAUGUAAAGACCCAUGUCCUGGAACCUGUGCUCAAAAUGCCGAAUGUCAAGUUAUUAAUCAUUCACCAACGUGUACAUGUUACAAUGGGUAUACCGGAGACCCAUUUCGAUACUGUCAUAUUAUACCACCACAACAAACCGAAGUAUUGCCUAGUUAUCCAUGUACGCCAUCUCCAUGCGGACCAAACAGUCAAUGCCGAGAAAUAAAUCAACAAGCCGUAUGUUCAUGUUUACCUAACUAUUUAGGAAGUCCUCCAGGAUGUCGCCCAGAAUGUGUACUGAACGCAGAAUGUUCAACAAAUCUCGCUUGUAUUAAUCAAAAAUGUAAAAAUCCAUGCGAAGAUCGUUGUGCACAAAAUGCUAACUGCAGAGUAUUCAACCAUAGUCCAGUGUGUUCAUGUACUCCAGGAUAUACUGGAGAUCCAUUUUCACAUUGUCAUGCUAUACCUCCACCACCACCGCCACCACAAAAUGAACCUGUUUAUACCAACCCAUGCAUACCAUCACCAUGUGGAGCCUAUGCUAUAUGUAAAGAUAUUGGAGGUGCUCCAUCGUGUUCAUGCUUGGCUCAAUAUAUUGGAUCACCACCAAAUUGUAGACCUGAAUGUAUUAUGCAUUCGGAAUGCCCUAGUAAUGAAGCUUGUAUUAGAGAAAAAUGCCAAGAUCCAUGUCCAGGAUCAUGUGGUUGGGGUGCUCAGUGUAAUGUAAUUAACCAUACACCUAUGUGUACUUGUCCCGAUGGUUAUGAAGGAAAUCCGUUUACGAAAUGUGAUAUAAAGCCAGUUAUUCAAGUUCCAGUCUACUCAGAUCCAUGUAAUCCGUCACCUUGUGGUCCAAAUGCUCAGUGCAAUAAUGGUGUAUGCACAUGCUUAAGUGACUAUCAGGGAGAUCCGUACACUGGAUGUAGACCUGAAUGUGUACUAAAUGAUGAUUGUCCAAGAAACAAAGCAUGUAUUAAAAAUAAAUGUAUGGAUCCUUGUCCUGGAACUUGUGGACAAAAUGCCAUUUGUGAUGUUUAUAAUCAUAUACCCAUGUGUCGUUGUCCAGAAGGAAUGCAAGGCAAUGCUUUUGUUUUUUGUAGUCCACAACAAAAUGAACCUGAGAUAUAUGAGCCAUGUAAACCAUCUCCUUGUGGACCAUUCAGUCAAUGUAGAGAAGUAAAUAAACAAGCGAUUUGUUCGUGUGUCAUGGGUUAUACUGGAGUACCACCAUUAUGCCGUCCUGAAUGUAUAACGAGUUCAGACUGUAGACAAAAUCAAGCGUGUUCCAAUCAAAAAUGUAUUGACCCGUGUCCAGGAACUUGUGGUAUAAAUGCUAAAUGCCAAGUUAUAAGCCACAAUCCAAUAUGUAGCUGCCCUCCGGGAUAUACUGGAAAUGCAUUUAUGAAUUGCUACCAAAUUCCUGCUGACAUAUCAUUAAUAGUGGGUAAUCCGUGCGUGCCAACACCAUGUGGACCUAAUUCACAGUGUCAAGUAAAAGGAGACAAUCCUUCUUGUUCAUGUUUGCCUGAAUUCAUUGGGUCUCCUCCAAAUUGCAAACCAGAAUGUAUCACUAAUAGCGAAUGUUCCUACAACAAAGCAUGUAUAAAUAUGAAAUGUAAAGAUCCUUGUCCAGGAUCAUGUGCAGUCAAUGCUAUAUGUCAAGUUAUAAGUCAUGCUCCAACUUGUCAUUGCCAACAAGGUUAUGUUGGAAAUCCAUUUACAUUCUGUUCAAUUCAACAAGAUCCUAUACCUCAAGAAUAUAUUAAUCCAUGCGUACCAUCGCCAUGCGGUGUGAAUGCAGUAUGCAAGGAACAAAAUGGCGCUGGAUCGUGCACUUGUUUGCCAGAAUAUAUUGGAAAUCCGUAUGAAAGUUGUCGACCAGAAUGCACAAUUAAUUCUGACUGCGUUUCCAAUAAAGCAUGUAUGAUGAAUAAGUGUAGAGAUCCAUGUCCAGGUACCUGCGGUCAAAAUGCAGAAUGUCAUGUCGUAAACCAUUUACCAGUCUGUACUUGUUUGUAUGGUUAUAUCGGUGAUCCGUUCAAAUAUUGUUCAGUUAUUGUGCCACCACAAGAUACUCCGAUAGAACCGAUUAAUCCAUGUUAUCCAUCACCCUGCGGACCAAAUAGUCAAUGUAAAUCCAUUAACAACCAAGCAAUAUGUUCAUGUUUACCAACAUUCAUUGGAAGUCCCCCUGGAUGUAGACCGGAAUGUGUUAUGAGUUCGGAAUGUAAAAAUGAUGAAGCAUGUACAAACCAAAAGUGUUCUGACCCAUGCGUAGCUAUUUGUGGAAAAAAUGCUGAUUGUAAAGUCAUAAAUCAUAGUCCAAUUUGUACUUGUCGACCAAAAUUCACUGGAGAUCCAUUUACUCGUUGUUUCCCAAUACCUACAUUGCCACCUCAAUAUAUACCUACUGAAUAUAUUAAUCCAUGCAUACCAUCACCUUGUGGUCCGUAUUCACAAUGUCAUGAUAACCAAGGAGUUGGAGUUCCGUCAUGUAGUUGUCUUCCUCAAUACACCGGAAGCCCGCCAAAUUGUAGACCAGAAUGUGUUAUUAAUUCAGAAUGCCCAUCCAACAAAGCAUGUAUAAAUGAACAUUGUAAAGAUCCAUGUCCAGGAUCUUGUGGUUACAAUGCUGAAUGUAAUGUCCAGAAUCAUACUCCAAUGUGUGUUUGUCCAUACGGCAUGAUUGGAGAUCCUUUUACUAGUUGUUAUACUAAACCACAGGAAUAUAUUCCAGUCGAAAAUAGUGAUCCAUGUAAUCCGUCACCUUGUGGACCUAACGCGGAGUGUAAUAAUGGUCAAUGUACUUGUUUAUUAGAAUAUCAAGGAGAUCCUUAUAUGGGAUGUAGACCUGAGUGUGUUAUAAAUAAUGACUGUCCACAAACCAAAGCUUGUAUAAAUAGGAAAUGUCGAGAUCCCUGUCCAGGAAUAUGUGGUAUAAACGCAUUGUGUGAUGUUUAUAAUCAUAUUCCCAUGUGCAGAUGUCCUGAAAAAAUGUCUGGAAAUGCUUUCCUAGAAUGCAAACCAGUUGAAAUUCAAGCUCAAGUUUAUCCAUGCAAUCCUUCACCUUGUGGACCAAAUAGUCAAUGUAGAGAAGUUAAUAACCAUGCUGUUUGUUCAUGUAUAUCGAACUACAUUGGAUCACCUCCUCUAUGUAGACCAGAAUGUACUACAAAUUCUGAUUGUAAUCAAAAUGAAGCAUGUAGUAAUCAAAAAUGUAAAGAUCCAUGUCCCGGAACAUGUGGAAUAGGAGCUAAAUGCCAAGUUAUUAACCAUAGUCCUAUAUGUAAUUGUCCAUCAGGAUAUACAGGAAAUGCUUUUGUCCACUGCCACCCAAUACCGGCACCUGUUGAAGAAGUUAAUGAAAAUCCUUGCGUACCAUCACCGUGUGGAUUAAAUGCUCAAUGUCAAGACAUUGGAGGUCAACCAUCAUGCUCUUGUUUACCUCAAUUUGUUGGGUCUCCUCCAAAUUGUAAGCCAGAAUGUAUAAUCAAUAGUGAAUGCCCAUAUCACUUAGCGUGUAUAAACAUGAAAUGCCGAGAUCCAUGUCCAGGAUCGUGUGGCCACAAUACAGAAUGCAAAGUUAUUAGUCACACCCCGAAAUGCUAUUGUUUACCUGGUUAUAUUGGAAAUCCAAUAAUACAAUGCAAUUUACAAGCUGAACCAGUUCUUCAAGAAUAUAUUAAUCCGUGCCAACCAUCACCUUGUGGUUCAAAUGCAGUAUGCAAAGAACAAAACGGUGCUGGUUCAUGUAUGUGUUUACCAGAAUACUUUGGCGAUCCAUAUAGAGGAUGCAUGCCUGAAUGUGUGGUUAAUUCAGACUGCCCACAAAAUGAAGCUUGCAGGAGAAAUAAAUGUGAAAAUCCUUGCCCAGGAUUAUGUGGCCAAAACGCAGAAUGUCAAACAAUUAAUCAUGUACCUAUGUGUACAUGUUCCAAUGGAUAUACUGGAGAUCCAUUCAGAUAUUGUUCAAUUAUUCCACCACAACAAACUCCAGUUGAACCAACUAAUCCAUGUAGUCCAUCGCCUUGUGGACCAAAUAGCCAAUGCAGAGAACUCAACGGUCAAGCAAUAUGUUCAUGUCUUCCAGAAUAUAUUGGAAGUCCUCCAAGUUGUCGGCCAGAAUGUUUAAUAAGUACUGAAUGUAAUCGUGAUAAGGCUUGUAUAGGACAAAAAUGUAAAGACCCAUGCCCCGGAAUGUGUGGUCUAAAUGCCAAUUGUCAAACUAUUAACCAUAGUCCUAUUUGCACAUGUACUUCAGGAUACACUGGAAAUCCAUUUUCUCAAUGCUAUCAACUACCAAAACCUGUUAUACAACAAAGUCCACCAGAACCAUCGAACCCAUGUAUUCCAAAUCCUUGUGGACCAUAUUCAAUAUGUCAUGACCAAGGAGGAUAUCCAUCGUGUUCCUGCUUAUCCCAAUACAUAGGAUCCCCGCCAAAUUGUAGACCUGAGUGUGUUAUUAGCGCUGAAUGUCCAAGCAAUAAAGCUUGUAUGAAUGAAAAAUGUAAAGAUCCAUGCCCUGGUUCUUGUGGAGUUGGAGCACUCUGUACCGUUAAUAGCCAUACGCCUAACUGUUACUGCCCAAGUGGAUAUAUAGGAGAUCCAUUCAAUUUAUGUAUGCUAAAACCACCACAAAACGAUCCAGAAAUACCAAAUAUUGAUCCAUGCUAUCCAGUCGCCUGUGGUCCAAACGCAAAUUGCAACGACGGCGUUUGUACUUGCUUAGUAGAAUAUCAAGGAGAUCCUUAUGUCGGAUGUAGACCUGAAUGUAUAAUAAACGAUGAAUGUCCUAGAAAUAAAGCUUGCAUUAAAUAUAAAUGCAAGGAUCCGUGUCCAGGAACUUGUGGUCAAAAUGCUAUUUGUGACGUUUAUAACCAUAUUCCAAUGUGUAGAUGCCCUGAAGGAAUGUCUGGAAAUGCAUUUAUAGAAUGCAGACCACAGCAAAUUUCUGUGGUACAUGACUAUUGUAAUCCUUCGCCAUGUGGUCCAAACAGUGUAUGUCAAGAAAUAAAUCAACAAAGUGUAUGUUCUUGUAUAGUUGGAUACAUUGGAUCUCCACCAACAUGCCAUCCAGAAUGCGUAGUUAAUUCCGAUUGUAUAUUGAGUAAAGCUUGUAGCAAUCAAAAAUGUCGAGAUCCUUGCCCUGGAACAUGUGGAAUUAGUGCUAAAUGUCAUGUAGUUAAUCAUAAUCCAAUAUGCAGCUGUCCGCCUGGUUUUACAGGCAAUCCAUUUGUGCAAUGCAGUCAAAUACCAAUUAUUGAAGAUGAACCUAUUCGAAACCCAUGUGUUCCUUCACCCUGCGGCCCAUUUUCGCAAUGCCAGGUUCAAGGAACUUCUCCAUCGUGUUCAUGCUUGCCUGAGUAUAUUGGAUCACCGCCAAAUUGUCGACCUGAAUGUGUUAGUAACAGUGAAUGUUCAUAUAAUUUGGCUUGUAUAAAUAUGAAAUGCAAAGAUCCAUGCCCUGGAUUAUGUGGAGAAAACGCCUUAUGUCGUGUUAUCAGUCACUCUCCAAUGUGUUAUUGUGUACAUGGUUAUACUGGGAAUCCAAUGGUUCAAUGUAUGGUCCAACAAGACGCACUUGUAAUAAAAGAUGAUCCACACCCUUGUAUUCCGUCUCCUUGUGGAGCAAAUGCCCAAUGUAGAGAACAAAAUAAUGCUGGCUCUUGUAGCUGUUUGCCUGGGUAUUUUGGAAAUCCAUACGAAGGUUGUAGACCAGAGUGCAUUGUUAAUACAGAUUGCUCACCGAUGAAAGCUUGUAUUCAGUAUAAAUGUCAAAAUCCUUGUCCCGGAACUUGUGGUUUAAAUGCAGAUUGUCAAGUGGUUUACCAUGUUGCAUCGUGCGUUUGUAAUCCAGGUUACACGGGUAACCCAUACCAAGCCUGUAAUUUCAUAAGACCACAAAUUACUCAAAUGGAACCAAUAUACCCAUGUACUCCAUUACCAUGUGGUCCAAAUAGUCAAUGCAAAGAAUUAAAUAAUCAAGCUGUAUGUUCUUGUUUACCAUCAUUUAUCGGAAAUCCGCCUAUGUGCCGUCCUGAAUGUACGACUAGUGCAGAAUGUCCAACAAAUUUAGCAUGUGUAAACAAGAAAUGUGUAGAUCCUUGCCCGGGAGUAUGUGGACAAAGUGCAAAUUGCAGAGUUAUAAAUCACAGUCCAUUGUGUAUAUGCAAUUCAGGAUUCACAGGAGAUCCAUUUUCUAUUUGUUAUCCUAUACAAAAUUCUCCAGAACCUCAACCACAGCCACCGAUAAACCCAUGUAUACCAUCACCUUGUGGUCCUUAUUCCCAAUGUCAAAAUUACGGAGGUUCUCCUUCGUGUACUUGCCUUCCGUCAUACAUAGGAUCUCCACCAAAUUGUAAACCAGAAUGCACAAUCAAUGCUGAUUGUGCAAGUAAUUUGGCAUGUAUUAGAGAGAAAUGUAGAGAUCCAUGUCCAGGUUCUUGUGGUUCUAAUGCGCAUUGUCAAGUGUUAAACCACAUUCCUAUGUGUAUUUGUCCAGAAGGGUAUACUGGAGAUCCGUUUUUGAGCUGUUACAUCAAACCAGCACCACCAAUUCAACAAGCAUCAGAUCCUUGUAAUCCUUCUCCGUGUGGAUCAAAUGCAUUAUGCAAUAAUGGAAUUUGUACGUGUAUUCCCGAAUAUCAAGGUGAUCCCUAUAGCAUAUGCAGACCAGAGUGUGUCCUUAACAAUGAAUGCCCUCAAAAUAAAGCAUGUAUACGAAAUAAAUGUAUGGAUCCUUGUCCAGGAACAUGUGGUCAAAAUGCUUUGUGUGAUGUUUAUAAUCACAUACCAAUGUGUAGAUGUCCUCAAGGAAUGAACGGAAAUGCAUUUAUUGAAUGUUUAACAUAUCAAGCUCCAAUUGAAACAAACCCAUGUCAACCGUCACCGUGUGGUCCCAACAGUCAAUGUAGAGAAGUUAAUGGUUAUUCAAUGUGUUCUUGUCUCACUGGAUAUUUUGGAACACCUCCAACGUGUCAUCCUGAAUGUUCCAUUGAUUCUGACUGUAGUCAAAAUAGGGCAUGUUCAAACCAGAAAUGCCGCGACCCGUGUCCAGGAGCUUGUGGAGAGAAUGCGCAAUGCCACACUAUAAGUCAUAGACCACAUUGUACAUGUCCUCCAGGUUUCACUGGAAAUGCAUUUUCUAGAUGUUACGUACAACAAUUACCGCCAGAACCAAUACGCAAUCCAUGUGUACCUUCACCUUGUGGCCCUAAUUCUCAAUGCCAAGUUAUUGGAAAUUCUCCAUCAUGUUCAUGUGCACCUGACUAUAUUGGUUCGCCACCAAACUGUCGACCAGAAUGUAUCAGUAAUAAUGAAUGUUCUUAUAAUCUUGCCUGCAUUAAUAUGAAAUGCAAAGACCCAUGCCCCGGUUCGUGUGCUUCAAAUGCUAUAUGCAAAGUAAUUAGUCAUACUCCAAGAUGUAGCUGUCCGUCAGGUUAUAAUGGCGAUCCAUUCACGCAAUGCAUAUUACAACAAGCGGAACCAAUUCAAGAAAUAAUAAAUCCUUGUAGACCAUCUCCAUGUGGUCCCAAUGCAUUAUGUAAAGAACAAAAUAAUGCUGGUUCGUGUGUUUGUCUACCAGAAUAUUAUGGAAAUCCUUACGAAGGAUGUCGACCUGAAUGUAUGGUUAAUACAGACUGUAAUGCUAACAAAGCAUGCAUGGCAAACAAAUGUAAAGAUCCUUGCCCAGGAACUUGUGGCAGUAAUGCUAAGUGUCAAACAAUUAACCACAUACCAAUGUGUACGUGUUUACCUGGUUAUGUUGGAGAUCCAUUUAAAUACUGUCAAAUUAUCCAACCACAACAAGUUGAAAUAACACCGAGUUAUCCGUGUAUUCCAUCUCCAUGUGGUCCAAAUAGUUUGUGCAAAGAGAAUAACGGACAAGCAAUUUGCUCGUGCUUACCAUCCUAUAUAGGAACUCCGCCAGGAUGUAGACCCGAAUGUGUCACCAACGCCGAAUGUAUGCAAAACAAAGCAUGUAUUAAUCAAAAAUGUAUAGAUCCUUGUCCAGGAACAUGUGGACAAAAUGCGUAUUGUCAAACAAUAAACCAUCAUCCAAUAUGUAAAUGUAGCCCUGGUUACACGGGUAAUCCAUCUACAUACUGCUCCUUAAUACAACAUGUACCUCAAGACACACCUGUUGUUGUCAACCCUUGCUCGCCUUCACCUUGUGGUCCUUACUCUGAAUGUAUGGCACACGGAAACUCUCCAUCUUGUUCAUGCUCACCGACGUAUGUUGGUAGCCCACCAAACUGUAGACCUGAAUGCGUUGUUCAUGCCGAAUGUGCAAGUAAUAUGGCUUGCAUGAGAGAAAAAUGCAGGGAUCCAUGUCCAGGAUCUUGUGGUUUAGGAUCACAGUGCAAUGUAAUUAAUCAUGUACCAAUUUGUACAUGCCCAACUGGUUAUACAGGGGAUCCAUUUGUCAGCUGUUAUAUAAAACCAAGCCCACCGCCGAAGCCACAAUACAUAGACCCGUGUAAUCCAUCUCCAUGUGGACCAAGUGCUACAUGCAAUAAUGGAAUUUGCUCAUGUAUACUCGGAUAUCAAGGGGAUCCCUACCGUGGUUGUCGACCAGAAUGUGUUUUGAAUGAAGAUUGUGCUAAAGAUAAAGCAUGUGUGAAAAAUAAAUGUGUUAAUCCGUGUAUAGGCACUUGUGGAAAUAAUGCUAUUUGUGAAGUUUUUAACCACAUACCAAUGUGCCAUUGUCCAUCUGGAAUGACAGGAAAUGCUUUUAUCACAUGUCACCAAAUAGUAUUACAAGAACCAGUGGUACGAAAUCCUUGUUCACCUUCGCCUUGUGGUCCAAAUAGUCAAUGUCGAGAUGUGAACAAUCAACCGAUUUGUACAUGCUUACCUACUUUCUUUGGUUACCCUCCCAAUUGUCGACCAGAGUGUACAGUUAAUUCGGAUUGUUCUAUGAGCACCGCUUGUUUAAAUCAACGGUGUAGAGACCCGUGUCCGGGAACUUGCGGCAUGAGUGCAGAAUGUCAAGUCAUAAAUCAUAAUGCAAUAUGUAGUUGUCCACUACAUUUUACAGGAGAUCCAUUUUCGAAAUGCUACUAUCCAGUUGUAUCGAGACCACAACAAGAUCCAAUAAACCCUUGCGUACCAAGUCCGUGUGGACCUUACUCGGAAUGCCGUGUUACUUCAAACACUUACACGUGCACAUGUUUACCAAACUACCAAGGUUCACCUCCACAGUGUCGUCCAGAAUGUAUUUCAAAUAGCGAUUGUAGAUAUAAUUUAGCAUGUAUCAAUAUGAAGUGCAAGGACCCGUGUAUUGGUUCGUGUGGUUUAAAUACUGAAUGCCAUGUUUAUAACCAUAUACCUCAAUGUACUUGUCUUCAAGGAUUUGUUGGAAAUCCUUUCAUAUCAUGUCAUAUUCAUCAAAAACCGCCUGUUCAACCAACACCAACAUCACCGUCAGAUCCUUGUUACCCCUCACCGUGUGGAUCUAAUGCUAGAUGUCGAGUUGAGAACCAGAAUGCCAUUUGUGAAUGUUUACCAGAAUAUCAAGGAAAUCCGUACGAGUCUUGUAGACCAGAAUGUCUUGUUAGUUCUGAUUGUACCAUGAACAAAGCUUGCAUUAGAAAUAAAUGUCAAGAUCCGUGUCCUGGCACAUGUGGCAUAUCUGCUAUAUGUUUUGUAUCAAAUCAUAUACCAAUAUGUUCAUGUCCAGAAAGUUUAACUGGUGAUCCAUUCCAAAUGUGUCAUCCAAUACCAGUUAGAGAUCCGGUUCCAUCUGAUCCGUGCAUCCCAUCACCUUGUGGACCAAAUACUCGUUGCCGCGUAAUGAACGGUGCGGCUAUUUGCGAAUGUUUACAAGGAUAUGAAGGAUCUCCGUCAACUAGUGGAUGCCGACCUGAAUGUGUGAUUAGUCCUGAUUGUCCUCGUAACAGAGCUUGCGUGAACAAUAAAUGUGUUGACCCGUGUAUUGGAGUAUGUGGGUAUGAAGCAAUUUGUCAAACUAUUAACCACAGCCCAGUCUGUUCCUGUCCACCACCCACUAUUGGAGAUCCAUUCGUUGAAUGUAAACAACAACCAGCUUUGCCAAGUGAUCCAUGUAACCCAUCCCCAUGCGGUAGCAAUGGUCAAUGUAGAGUAAUUGGAAAAGUUGCAUCUUGUAUUUAUCCGGAGUGUAUUAUUAACCAAGACUGUCCAAGAGAUAAGGCAUGUUUCACACAGAAAUGUCAAGACCCAUGUCGAGAUGUUUGUGGAUUAAACGCUAUUUGUCAAGUAGUAAAUCACAAUGCUUUAUGUUCAUGUCCUCCGGGAUACUAUGGAGAACCAAAACAACAAUGUAUAAUACAACGAUCACCAGAACCUAAACCAGAAUGUACUGCUGAUAGUGAAUGUUCCAAUGACAAAGCGUGUAUAAAUUAUGUCUGUAAAAACCCAUGUCAAGAAUCACCAACUACUUGCGCGAGAAAUGCAUUAUGCUACGUUCAGCAACACAGAUCAGUGUGUGUGUGCAAAGAUGGAAUGACUGGAAAUGCUCAAAUACAAUGUGUAGAAAUUGGUUGUCGUGCUGAUACCGAUUGUCCACCAGAAAAAUCAUGUGUUAACGGAGAUUGUAUUAGCCCAUGUACUUACACCCAUUGUGGUAUUAACGCACUAUGUCGAACUGAUGGGUACCAUAGAGCGCGAUGUUAUUGCCCUCCCGCGUAUGAAGGAGAUCCAUUCGUAGAAUGUAGAAGACCAGAAUGCGUGGUCGAUUCAGACUGUCCAUCAACAUUAGCUUGCAGAAAUCAACAUUGUCAAAGUCCAUGUGAUUGUGCCCCAACUGCGCUAUGUAAUGUAGUAAACCACGUGGCCGCAUGUAGAUGUCCACCGGGUUACAUAGGAAAUCCUCAUACGUCUUGUACCUUAACUCCACUUGCUAUUCCACCUCAGUGCACAAUGGACUCCGACUGUGCUAGUAAAUUGGCAUGUUUCAACGGUCAAUGCAAAAAUCCAUGUUAUGAAAUAAAACCAUGUGGUCCGAAUGCGGAGUGUAUUGUAGUAGAUACGUUACCUCACAGAACUAUGUCAUGCCAGUGUAUUCCAGGUUAUGUUGGCGAUGCCGACAUUCAAUGUAAACUAGGUGCUCCGUCAUCGGUAGGUUGUACCUCCAAUGACGAAUGUCAACCAACAGAUACAUGCUUAAACCGUCAAUGUGUUAAUCCAUGUACUUUAUCCAACCCUUGUUCGUCUACUGCGCUGUGCACAAUCAAUAAUCACAAAGCUGUUUGUAAAUGUCCAGAUGGCCUUUCUGGUGAUCCAUUCAUCAGUUGUUACAAAGUACCAAUACUGGCUACACCAGAAUGUACAACAGAUUCUGAAUGCCCAAGUUCUAAAAUAUGUGCCAACCAAUUUUGCCAAGACCCAUGUCAAAUAUCAAAACCAUGUGACCCUACCGCUGAAUGUGUUACAAUUAACCACCGACCAAUUUGUAAUUGUCCAAAUGGAUGGGCAGGAAAUCCUCAAAUUCAGUGUUAUAAACCGGGUUGCAAGACUGAUAGCGAUUGUGUUUAUGAUAAAGCAUGCAUUAACAGCAAUUGUUUGAACCCGUGCUCUACUCAGAGUUGUGGUCAUGGAGCUGAUUGCAUUGUACAAACUCACAAAGCCCAUUGCAUCUGUCCGGCUGGUACACAAGGUUCACCAAUGGUAUCCUGCGUAUCAGUAGUGUGCCAAUAUAAUGAAGACUGUGCAGACCAUGAAGCAUGUGAUAGAUUAAACAGAAGAUGUAGACCUGUAUGUGAACAAGACACUUGUGCUGAGCAGGCAACAUGCCUAGCCCAAGCUCACCAACCAACAUGUACAUGUCUGAAUGGCUUCCAAGGAAAUCCUUAUAUUGAAUGCAUUGAAUCGAGAGUACCAUCAAUAACUCCUGAGUGCACAACUGAUUCUGACUGUCCAUCACAACAUGCUUGUGUAAAUCAGAGAUGUCAAAACCCUUGUACUAUUUCUGUUCUUUGUUCACCAGAUCAAGAGUGUCAUGUUCAAGACACAGUCCCAUACAGAACUGUUAUGUGUCAAUGUAGAUCAGACACUGUAGCCACCAUCGAUGGCCGCUGCAAACCAAUAGUUCCCAUUACUCCUCAAUGUAAAAGCGAUCAAGAAUGUCAAUUAUCAGAAAGAUGUGUAAAUCAAGGAUGCAUAGAAGCAUGCCGAAUCGACCCAUGUGGUAUAAACGCACAAUGUAUCUCACAAAACCACCAAGCUGCGUGUUCAUGUCCACCAGGAUAUACAGGCAACCCACACACAGAAUGCUCACUUCAACAAUCGAUACCAAUAUUGCCACCUUCGCCAGAAUGUACGAAAAACGACGACUGUGCGUCUGACACAACAUGUGUCAACCAAAGAUGUAUUAGUCCAUGCACUUUAGGAGACAGUUGUGGCCGUGGAUCAUUCUGUCAUACUCAAAACCACCAACCUGUUUGCAGAUGUCCCAACGGUUAUAUCGGUGAUCCUCGCAUAGCGUGCACUCCACCAUCAUCGGUUCCAACUGUUGGAUGUGUAUCAAGCACUGAUUGUAGUUCAGAAGAAUCAUGUAUCAACAGAUUGUGUGUGAAUCCGUGCAAUUGCGGACCCAACUCAGAUUGUAAAGUUAAUAAUCACUAUCCUAGUUGUAUUUGUAAGCCAGGGUAUUAUGGAAAUCCCCAACAAGGCUGCAUAAAAAUGGGAUGUACUUCAGAUGACCAAUGUGCUUACGAUAAACAAUGUUAUAACGGCGAAUGUGUUCCACCGUGUUUAUUGAGUGAUCCUUGUGCACCGACUGCUAAAUGUUAUGGUGACAAUCACCGGGCUGCAUGCCAAUGUCCUCCAGGUUACUUCGGAAAUCCGUUCGAGAAAUGUGAAAGAACUGAAUGUACAUACGAUGUAGACUGUCCGUCAGAUCGCAUGUGCUUCGAUCAACAUUGUAUCAAUCCAUGCACAGAACAUGGUACUCCGUGUGCAUCAAACGCCAUUUGCUCUGUCAGAAACCACGCCGCAACAUGUAGAUGCCCAGAAAACUUACCGAUGGGAGAUCCAAAUACUUAUUGUGAACGUUUACCACCACCUCUGUUCGGCGAACCAGAAUGCAAAAUUGAUGUUGACUGUGCCAGUCGUCUUGCAUGUAUCAAAGAAAAAUGUGUGAAUCCGUGUCAAGAAAUUAAGCCAUGUUCGAAUAGUGCUACGUGCACGGUCUUGGACAGUGUACCAGUUAGAACAAUGACAUGUACAUGUUCCGAAGGAUGGGUACUCGAUGAAGGUGGCGAAUGCAGACCAGUAAUUGUUUCUUCACCCCCUGGUUGUACUUCCAACGAUGACUGUCCGUCAAAUGAAGCAUGUCUUAAUAGACAAUGCCGUAAUCCUUGCAAUUGUGGUACAAACGCCCAAUGCUUCGUUCAAAAUCAUCAUCCAGUUUGUUCUUGCUUGGAAGGUUACGAUGGAAAUCCAAACUUUGCGUGUAGAAUAGUGGGAUGUAAGAGAAAUUCCGAAUGUGAAUCCGGCAAGGCCUGUAUCAACGGUCAUUGUCUAAAUCCAUGUAUAGUAGAAGAUCCAUGUGGCCCGAAUGCUGAAUGUUUCACGGUCGCAAGUCGCCCCGAGUGUCGGUGUAAGAGUGGUUAUCGUGGUAACCCAUACGAUAGAUGCCUGGUGAUUGGUUGCCACAGCAAUAACGACUGUCCCAAUGAUCGAUCGUGCAUCAAUGGGCAGUGCAUCAAUCCGUGCGUGUACGAACACCCGUGUUCGUCGCAAGCCGAGUGCAAAGUACAAAACCAUUUCGCUCUGUGCCGUUGUCCUCCAGGAAUGGUAGGCAAUCCGUAUGUGGCCUGUAGACAGGAAGCACAACCUGAAUGUAAGGAAGACGCCGACUGUCCAUCGCUGUUGGCCUGCUUUGACAAUGUGUGUCGUAACCCGUGCACCACGCUGGAACCGUGCAAGCGACCAGCCGAGUGCGUGGUAAUCGAUUCGCUGCCAGUCAGGACCAUGAUUUGUGAAUGUCCAAGCGGUUACGUAAGCAGCGGCAGUGGUACCUGCAAGAUAACGCCACCAAUGACGGCUGUAGCUUGUACCGCGGACACACAAUGUCCAUCGGACAGAGCUUGCCUGAAUGGUAGAUGCAUCGAUCCUUGCAACUGCGGACCGAACUCCGAGUGUAGAGUGUGGGACCACAAGCCAGUUUGCUCUUGCCUGGCCGGAUUUGACGGCAGCCCGGAGAUCGACUGUUCGAGAGCCGGUUGUCGAAGCGAAUCCGACUGUUCUGGUCAACACACCUGCGUCAACCGUAUUUGUGUGGCCGUUUGCGCCGCAGACGGUAGUAGUUGUGGCACAGCAUCCGAAUGUUACGGCAUCAACCAUCAAGCCGUGUGUGAAUGUCCGCCCGGAAUGGCCGGAAAUCCGCAAAUAGCCUGCGUGGUCGCCGGCUGUCGGUCAGACUCAGAUUGUCCCAGCGACAAGGCAUGCAUAAACACCAAAUGUAUCGAUCCAUGCACUAGAAAUAAUCCAUGCGUCAAGCCAGCUGAGUGUACGGUGUACAACCACCGCACUGAUUGCGCUUGUCCACCAGGUUAUAUCGGAAACGCUGGAACUACUUGCAAACAGAUCGAAGCUGGAUGUCAAAGCGAUUCCGAUUGUCCAUCACAGACGGGUUGCAUUAACAAACUAUGCGUGAGCCCAUGUGAUGCUUCAUCGCCGUGUGGAAUAAACUCGAAAUGCAAAGUCCUUGACACCUUCCCCAUAAGAACGAUGACGUGCGAGUGUCUACCGGGCACUCAAGGAAAUGCAGCCAUACGAUGUGACGAAGUUUCAAAAUGUCCAAUUGACAAAGGCUACGUGAGAAACGAUGAUGGAGAAUGCGUUUGUCCACCGGGCACAGCCCUGAACCAAGAAGACGAAUGCCGUAGGUGCGUAGUCGAACUGGGAUACAAGAUCGAUGAACGUGGCCAUUGCGUGUGCGCUCUGGAUAGAGGGUUGAUCAUUGACGAAAGAGGACGUUGCAUAUGUCCGACCGAACACGGUUACAGUUUGAACAUCUAUGGACAAUGUGUACCGAGUAUGUAGACGAACAAAUGUUAUGAUAACAAUAAUUAAACCAUUUUUUAAAUUAAUACUAUCACCCCGUUUUGUUGAUUUACUUUAUUGAAACUAUAUGAAAAACAAUUUACAGAAAACACAACACAACUUAGAACGGACUUCCCGAGACCGGACAUGGUUGUCACAUGUUUGUCCGACGGAGUGCAAGUUGAAAUCCAUAUAACAGAAAAAGGAUUUAACGGAGUGCUUUACGUGAAGGGUCACAGUAAGAAUGAACAGUGUAGAAGGGUCGUAUCGAUGGCGCCAGACUCGCCGCCCAGAACAGAAAUAUUCAAAGUGAACUUUGGAAACUGUGGACUUAUACACAUCAACGGCCAGGCCAGUUUUGUAUUAGUCAUACAGAAACAUCCGAAAUUGGUGACUUACAAAGCCCAAGCCUAUCACAUACGAUGCGUGUACAACACCGGAGAACAGAACGUCACGCUCGGUUUUAACGUAUCCAUGUUGACCACAGCUGGUACGAUAGCGAACACCGGACCGCCGCCUACGUGUCUGAUGAAGAUCGUUACGCACACUGGUCAAGAAAUCGACUCAGCCGAAAUCGGUGACAACUUAAUGCUACAAGUGGACGUCCAACCGUCGAGCAUCUAUGGAGGAUACGCCAGAAGCUGUGUGGCGAAAACGAUCGAAGACAAUGUCGAGAACGAGUACAUUGUAACCGACGAGAAUGGAUGCGCGACCGACCCGACGAUAUUCGGCGAGUGGGACUACAACGCGGAUACCCAAUCUCUGUUGGCCGGUUUCAAUGCAUUCAAAUUCCCAAGUUCCGACAACAUACGAUUCCAGUGUAACAUACGCGUGUGCUUCGGCAAAUGCCAACCGGUGAAUUGCCGCGGAUACAACGCAUUUGGAAGACGCAGGAGACGUGAGAUAUCUAAAAAUAACAACGAACCAGAUGACGAUGCACUUGAGUCCGUCCAGCGAGGACAGCUGAGAGAAGAGAUCACAAUCGAGUCGAACGCCAUUUUAACGUUCGAACGCAGGGAAGAACGAUUGAUGGAUCCGACUGAAGCUCCGAUUAUUCAACCCGCCGAGGACAUUUGCGUGUCAGUCAUCGGACUCAUUGUGGCCCUCGUCAUUACCGCCCUGCUCGCACUGGUGGCCGUAGCCGUGGCUGUUUCGUGUUGGCUGAUGGCCUACAGGCGAACGCCGAACGUCAACGGUCCACUACCGCAUCCAACUCAAGUGCCGAAUCCGAUGUUCAUGAAUCACGACCGGACAUCUUCCGAACCGUCGCCUGAUUACCUGACAUGAUGAACACAACGAAGACUAAAACGACGACGAUUUUUGUAAUUCCGUCGUCGUUUACAUAAUUUACCUAUAAAUUUUAUUAUUUUACAUAAAAAAAAUAUAUUGUCAUACCUUACCGCCCUCUUCCCCGCAUAACAGUCGGGUCGUAAGCGCCUAACACAUUAUAUUAUUAUUAUUAUAUUAUUUUUAUUAUUUUAUAAAUACCUAUACACUGUUUUACGACUGUUAAUCGUUUGCCAUGUUUUGCGCUCGACAAAAUUCUCACGGGCCUUUAAUUAGCUGCAGACACUCGUCGUUAAGAUUAAAAAAAAAAAACAAUAAUGAAUACAUUUAAAAAGUACACGUCGUAAUAAUGACACAAUCUAAAAGACUUUGGGUUGGGAAAAACGUAACAAAAAGGGUACCUUUCAAAUUGUAACGAAUAUAUUAUUAUCCGAUUAUGUAUAACGAGACGACGAGUGUUCCCCGAUUAAAGGCCUUUCUGUGAACUAGACGCGAUAUAAUUAGUCAAAACUACUCAAUUAAAACGUAAAUAAUUAUUUCUAACGUACAUAAUAUUGUUAUUUAUGUUUUAAUUGUUGUAUGGACAUCUCUUCCGAACGCUUACACUGCGAGUUUCGUGGCUCAAUUAAAUAGGUAUCUCACGCACAAACGCAUAGUGUCAUUAUUGAAAAAAAAAAUAUAUUAUACAUUUAUUAGAAUAAUUACAAUCCGAUGACGUGUUGUGCAAUAAUGACAUUUCUUCGAUUAGGUAACGUUUGAAGUCGUAAGCUUUCGGAAGACUUGUUCAGUAUUAGUUUUAAGGUAUAUAUGUGUGUGUGUGAGUGUGUGUGUGUGUGUGUGUGUGUGUGUGUGUGUGUAAUAUAUUAGAAUUAAAUUUGUAUAAUCGUUUAACAUUUUAAUCGAAUGUUGUGUAUGAAAGUGUGAUAUAUUACGAAUAACUAUUAAUUUAUUAACAAAAUAAAUAAUUAAAAAAAAAAAAAAUUAACUUCCUAAAUAAACAUAUUAUUUUCAGUCAUUAGAAAAUUGUUAAAAAUGACUAAUUUUAUAUACAUAUAUAUUACUCCUACUUAAAUCAAAACUGUUUAGUAUUCUUUUCAAGUCAUUAAUUAACAAAUUUAGGCUCUAGAAUAAAUUUAUAUAUUACUGUAACUAGCUGUAAGUACCAUUUAAGAUUGUCUUUUAUUGGAAUAAAAUACUAUAACAUUUUAACUUAAUAUUUCGGUAUUGCAUUUUACAAACAUUGU